AUGUGCAAGCACACGGUACUAGCCUCCAGAAUCUUCCAUUAUGCGAUUCUGCAGAAAGGAGGUCAGAUGAACCCAUCCGUCCACAGACACAUAUCUUUAUAGGACAGGGGUGGGCAUCUUACCCUAUGAGGGGCAGUGUGGGUGCAGGCUUUUGCUCCAGCGAAGCAGGAACACACUUAAUUCAUUGCAUUUAUCAAUGCUUUGAUUGAAGACUGGUGAGUAGAAUCAUCAAUAGGCACAGAAAUCUAGACCUAUUACUUAUGGAGGAUUGACUGGCCCUGUCUUUAUGCAAACAUUGCUUGUUAUGAAAACGCCUCACUCAGGCCUCAUUAGCCAGAGGGAGGGACCCUUACAGAUACCAUAAUCUGAAUGGCAAGAAAAAUCCAUCAUAUAAUGGAGGCCAGCCUGAAAAAACACAGAUCAUUUGACUGGAUUCAAAAUUGUCACACGGUUUAAUCCAAAUCCUCACUGCACACAUUUAAUAGACCAUCUGCAGGAGGGGGAAUGUCAGGGUCUUUGCUCUUUCACUCUCUCUCUCUCGCUCUUCUCCGUGUGUGGGUGGCUGUCACCUCAGCUGCUCUUGGCCUCGGGCAGCCCAUUAGCUGAGCACUGUAACAGCUCUGGAUGUCAAAAUCUCUAAAUAAUUAUUAGUUGGCCCAGCAUACCAGGCAUACUGUUUAGACACAGAGAAUGUCCAUUAUGAUAAGAACCCGUCACAUAGUACUGCCUGUGACUGAGGCGGUUCCCAUAAUGACUUGAACUCAUAUCCAUACAAUAUUAUUGUAUUGGCAUGCUCCUGUUUACCCAAUGUUUGUUGAUGCAGUCGUAAUGGUCUGAUACCCACUGGCACAUGUCAGCUAUGCCCACGGUUGUAAAACUCCUCAGGGAUGAGUUCUACAGCUGCUCAUGUCCUGAUUAUACUGGGGCUCACUGCUGUAUGGCCAGUCUGUCACAGUGUUGUCUAGAGCCACCGUUUGAGAAGGAGGAUGAGGGAGGGAGGUGGAAGUGAGGAUGCGGGACAUGGCUGUGUGCAUCCUUAUGUAGGAGGAGCCUGAAGGCUUUGGUUGGUCGGUCUGUCGACCUUUCAGGCUCUUGGUGUGUAAUAACUAGGGGUGUAACGAUCCAUCUACUACAUCGAUGUAUCGAUUUAUAUUCCUAUGAUCCAACUACAUCGAUCUGUGCUCGGCGAGUUGGCCUUUUGGACAACAUAUAUCGAUCUAACAUCGUUUUAAAAUGUAAUAAAUCGAUUGUAUCGAUACUAGGAAAUAACCCAUUGGAUUUAAGCACGUCAGACUUUAUAUGGAUGUUUUUUCUUAGCACUUUUAAUGAUAAAGGCUUUAAACAUUACUCGAUUCAGUCUACCUAUCCGUGACGUCAUCGCGCCAACAGCAGCGCAAAGGCGCAAAGACAACAAAACAUAGCAUGGCGGACGAAAGAGGAGAAGCCAACGAGCGAGAAAUUAUCAAGCCACCAUUGCGGUCCUUACAAGAAACAGGAAUCUAGGAAACUUCACCUGCACUGUCCAGUAUCCAGGUAUUUAUUUCAGUCACACUGGUUGAAUUUUUGGCUAAAAGGUUACUGAAUCGAUUUCAAGUCACUGAAUCGUUUCGGAUCGUAUCGUUCUAAAUGAACCAAUAUCGUCCUUGAAUCGUAUCGACAACCACGAAUCGUGAUACAAAUCGAAUCGUUGUUAAAACGAAUCGUUACACCCCUAGUAAUAACGUUACUAGCAAAACACCGUGUUUUUCGGCUACUUGCUUUGAGACACAUUUCUAUUAAAAUCAAAGUUUAUUAGUACACAGAUUUCCAGAUGUUAUUGCAGGUGCAGCAAAAUGCUUGUGUUUCUAGCUCCAACAAUGUAGUAAUAAUACUUAGCAAUACAAAACAAUACACACAUACUUCUUAAUUUCUACUUUUUGGAUUAUCAGAAUGAGCAAUGUCAGUGUCCGGAAUAUAUAUAAUGGUGUAUAUAGACAGUAUGGACAGUAUAUUAAUAUUAAAGGUGUACAGCAGUAGUUACAUAGGAUUAACCAUGAUUAGAAUACAGCAUAUACAGUGCAUUCGAAAAGUAUUCAUACCUCUUUCCUAUUUCCACAUUUUGUUAUAUUAUAGCCUUAUUCUAAAAUGUAUUUAAAAAAAAAUCAUAAUAAUCAUAAUAAUGACAAAGCGAAAACAGGUUUUUAGAAAUGUUUGCAAAUUUAUAAAAAAAUACAAAACAGAAAUGCCCUAUUUACAUAAGUAUUCAGACCCUUUGCUAUAAGAGUUGAAGUUGAGCUCCGGUGCAUCCUGUUUCCAUUGAUCAGGUGCAUCCUGUUUCCAUUGAUCAUCCUUGAGAUGUUUCUACAACUUGAUUAGAGUCCACCUGUGGUAAAUUAAUUUGAUUGGACAUAAUUUGAAAAGGCACACACCUGUCUAUAUAAGGUCCCACAGUUGACAGUGCAUGUCAGAGCAAAAACCAAGCCAUAAAGUCGAAGGAAUUGUCCGUAGAGCUCCGAGACAGGAUUGUGUCGAGGCACAGAUUUGGGGAAGGGUACCAAAAAAUGUCUGCAGCAUUGAAGGUCCCCAAGAACACAGUGGCCUCCAUCAUUCUUAAAUGGAAGAAGUUUAGAACCACCAAGACUCUUCCUAGAGCUGGCCACCCGGCCAAAUUGAGCAAUCGGGGGAGAAGGGUCUUGGACAGGGAGGUGAUCAAGAACCCGAUAGUCACUCUGACAGAGCUCCAGAGUUCCUCUGUGGAGAUGGGAGAACCUUCCAGAAGGACAAUCAUCUCUGCAGCACUCCACCAAUCAGGCCUUUAUGGUAGAGUGGCCAGACGGAAGCCACUCCUCAGUAAAAGGCACAUGACAGCCCACUUGGAGUUUGCCAAAAGGCACCUAAAGGACUCAGACCAUGAGAAACAAGAUUCUCUGGUCUGAUGAAACCAAGAUUGAACUCUUUGGCCUGAAUGCCAAGUGUUACGUCUGGAGGAACCUGGCACCAUCCCUAUGGUAAAGCAUGGUGGUGGCAACAUCAUGCUGUGGGGUUGUUUUUAAGCGGCAGGGACUGGGAGACUAGUCAGGAUCGAGGGAAAGAUGAACGGACUUGAACCCAAUUGAACAUCUCUGGAGAGACCUGAAAAUAGCUGUGCAGCGACGCUCCCCAUCCAACCUGACAGAGCUUGAGAGGAUCUGCAGAGAACAAUGGGAGAAACUCCCCAAAUACAGGUGUGCCAAGCUUGUAGCAUCAUACCCAAGAAGACUCUAGGCUGUAAUCGCUGCCAAAGGUGCUUCAACAAAGUACUGAGUAAAGGGUCUGAAUAAUUACGUAAAUGUGAUGUUUCCGGUUUUUAUUUUUAUACAUUUGCAAAGAUUUAUAUAAACCUCUUUUAGCUUUGUCAUUAUGGGGUAUUGUGUGUAGAUUGAUUAGGGAAAAAAACCAAUUUAAUCAGUUCUAGAAUAAGGCUGUAACGUAACAAAAAGGUGGAAAAAGUCAAGGGGUCUCAAUACUUUCCGAAUUCACUGUACAUAAAAAGUGGGUAAAACAGUAUGUAAACAUUAUUAAAGUGACCAGUGUUCAAUGGCUCUAUGUACAGAGGGCAAAGCAGUCUCCAAGGUGCAGGGUAGAGUACCGGGUGAUAGCCGGCUAGUAACAGUGACUAAGGUUCAGGGCAGGAUACUAGGCAGACGACGGCUAGUGGUGACUGUAUAACAGUCGGAUUCAGACAUUGACAGAAUGAUGGAUGUUGGAUUUAGUGUAGCCUAUAUGUCCUCUCAAAUGCCUUUUAAACUGUGUGAUAUUACUUGGGCCAUACAUUAUAGAGCAACCCACAAGGUUGCAACUGUAGUCAAAUCUGACAUCCAGCCCUUGAUAAAAACAUUGAAUAGUAUACGCUACCUAAGACCUAGGAGUAAACUGAGGUCAGGACCACUGCUCAUUCAUCUUUUUUUUAACCUUUCCCCCUCUCCCAGCAGAUAACCUGAGUGAUGCUUUGAAGAAGCUGAAGCUAGCCUCAGUGGACAGCGCCACAGACAGUGUGGAGAGCUGCCUGGACUGCCUGCUCAAAGCACUGGCCCACAACAGUAAGUUUGACCCACACUCCUCAGACUAAGUGACAUUACUGGAGGGUACCCUUUAGGACCUUACAGGAUGGACGCAAGUUUAUGGUGCUUUCAAGACCACUGGGAAGCAGGGGCGGUGUGUUCAUUAGGGCGAUAUGGGCGACGCACUGCCAAACGGGAAAAGGAAGGGAUUUUUUUUCUAAUCAAUUAUAUCACGGCAACAGUAGUUAUCAGUGUUCUAAUCUAGACGUCUGAUCUGCCACUAAAUGUCCAAUCAGGCUAAAGUCGUGCUUCAAAUGGCCCCGCCCCUUUUGGGGCGAUUUCAGUCGGGUUGAAAAUCGCCCCAGAAGUCUCUCAUAGACUCUCAUGUAAAAUCUAUUUUUUUCAAAUAUCAGAGCUUUCAAUACAAUCUCUAUGGGUUCCGGGAGGGCUUGCACUUACGCGCUUUCGUCAUACGUAACAUAACCAUGAACGUAACUAAGAAAAGAGCGGGUAGCAGCGUCAAUCAAUUCACGUACUACUGUCAAGAUGGCUAGCGUUCAGUGCAACUCGAUUGUCUCUUUGAAAGAAGUUCCUUUUUGUCGGCGAACAAAUCAAGAUAAAUUGGCAACGAAACAAUUAGGACCUCCCAGACCAAAUUUAAUAAUUCAACAGGUUUCUACUAAAGGGGGAAAGUCCUACACCCGAGGAUUUUCCAAAAAUUGGUACGAACGAAAAACCUGGCUAGCAGGCUGCGAUGUAGCUAAUGCAGUCUUCUGCUACCCCUGCUUACUCUUUCACCCUGAAGGCGGCACGGCAGACAGCACCGCUUGGACAGCGACUGGUGUAACGGACAUGCACCAUCUUUCAGAAAAGAUUAAGAAACAUGAGCUGUCAAAGACCCACAUGGAUAGCUGUUUGAGAUUGUCUGCUUUGGGGAGAGUGAACAUUGCCACUCAACUGGAUGAGGGAUACAGGCUAGCUGUCCGCCGCCACAACGAUGAGGUUAGCAAGAACCGCCACAUCCUCAGCCGGCUAAUCCAGUGUGUGAAGUUUUGCGGAGUGUUUGAGUUAGCUUUGCGAGGCAAAGAUGAAACUGAGGGCUCCACCAACCCUGGUAUUUUUCUUGGACUUGUCAACUUUGUGGCACAAUUAGAUGAGGUGUUUUAUGGAAAUGCAUAUUGUUUAUGCAGUGUUGAGGAAUGUGAAAGAACACCCUUGAUUAUUUUUACUGUGAUAACUAAUUUUGCUAUUGUAAGCCAACACUUUUGAGAUCAGUCAAUAAAUGCUUCUGGUAUUGACUUAUAUGCUGCCCCUGUCUUCAUGUUGUUGCUAGACAUAUCUUUUUUUAAAUGUGUGUAGGUCACCUAAAUCAUCAGAAAAAUUGCCCCCCCUGAGAAUUUUUUCAGGAGCCGCCAAUGCUGGGAAGUCUGAUUUAAAACAAGGUCAAAUCAUUACGGUUGGAAAGUCGGAGCUCUAGAAAGAUGCCUGAGUUUUCCCAAUUGGAAUUCCGACCCGGGAUGACCGCUUAAAGCUUUUUUUCCCCCAGUCGGAGCACGUUUUUUCCACAGAGUUCCCAGUUGUCUUGAACGCACUAAAGUAAGAAGUCUGGGUUUUCCGAGUUCCCAGUUGUUUUGAACGCGGCGUUAAUCUAUCAUUGACACAUCAGCCCUCUAAUGGGUUAUAUUUAGUGGAUGCUUCUGGUUACUGUACCAGUUCUGCUAGGUAAGGGGAUUAUGUGACACUCAAAACCAUAGAAAAUCUCUAAAGAAAAUGAUGGAGAACAUAUAGUAGCUAACUUUCUAGUCACCAGGCUCACAUUUGUUUUCGUGCAAGGCCCAUCUCAGCCAGCCUUAUUCACAAACUUGUCCGUCCGCCUGCCUUAGUUUGGGUAACAUAACCAUCUGCCCGUUUUGGCUCGGCCUAGCCAGUGUCUUGUUGUUUGGGCAUUUUAUUGGCCUUAUUUCUGUGUUUUUUAAGUUCAUUUAGUUGCUGGCUAUCUGCAUCCUCUGCUGUCUUUUAGCUUUGUGUGUACUGUUGUAGCUUUAAUGUUCUACUGCACUUGGCAGCGCAACCCACCCUCUUCCUGUCUCUCUCAGCAUUGGCAAGUGAUGGUUCUGAAGGUACAGUAGUCUGUUUGGGUGAGGUGCUGACCAAGAAAAUAAAAAUGCUCGCACACUUUUUCUGAAACCACCUUUAGCCUAAUAAUACAAAUCAGUGAUUGUGAUGAUCAUUUAUUUGGUUAACAAUAAUAAUUUCAUGGCUGCGCUAGUUUCGACCCGCGAAUCAUUUUAUUGAUAUGGGUCCCUGUCUGGAGCCUGGCUUGGGAUGAUCAUAAAUAACCCCACAAGUUGAACGACCUGGAUGGAAUGGAAAAGGAUUAUCCGCUUCGCCUUGCCCAACUCACCCCAUGGCUCUUUCUCAAUUAAUCCUUCCUCUCUACUUGCCUCCUUUUCAAAAAGCUUUGGAGCGGGUCAAAGGGCAGGGGCCUUCUCCUUCAAUAGAGAAAGGGAAAGGGUAUACCUAGUCAGUUGCACAACUGAAUGCAUCCAACCAAAAUGUGUCUUCCGCAUUUAACCCAACGCCUCUGAAUCAGAGAGGUGCGGGGGGCUGCCUUAAUCAGCGACCAUGUCAUUUGCGCCCGGAGAGCAGUUGUUGUGGGGGUUAACUGCCUUGCUCAAGGGCAGAACGGCAGGUUUUUCCACCUUGUCAGCCCAACGCUCUUAACCGCUAGGCUACAUGCUGACAGAGGGGGGAAAGGGGAUAGAAUGCAAGGAUUCAUAGAAAGACAAAUUGAGAUAAAGCCCUUUUUUUCAACUGUUCACCUCUUCUCUUCCCCCUUCUCUUUUCCCCUCCUAGAUGCUGAUGCCAGUGAGAAGAUCCAGGAGAUGGGCGUUCUCCCCCUGCUUCCCACCCUGCUGGCCCCACAGUCCUCCUGCACCCCCAAAGUAGCCAACAUCAUAGCCGAUGUGGCCAAAAAUGGUGAGGCUCCCUUCGCUUGGUUUCUCCACAUCUCAUCUCAUCCUCCCCAGGAAACAUCAUUCUCCUCACUUUUGGUUCCGCCAUCUUGUCAGUAUACAAUUUUUACACUUUCUUUGUUCUCAGUUUUACAGUGGGGGAAAAAAGUAUUUAGUCAGCCACCAAUUGUGCAAGUUCUCCCACUUAAAAAGAUGAGAGGCCUGUAAUUUUCAUCAUAGGUACACGUCAACUAUGACAGACAAAAUGAGAAAGAAAAUUCCAGAAAAUCACAUUGAAGGAUUUUUAAUGAAUUUAUUUGCAGAUUAUGGUGGAAAAUAAGUAUUUGGUCAAUAACAAAAGUUUCUCAAUACUUUGCUAUAUACCCUUUGUUGGCAAUGACACAGGUCAAACGUUUUCUGUAAGUCUUCACAAGGUUUUCACACACUGUUGCUAGUAUUUUGGCCCAUUCCUCCAUGCAGAUCUCCUCUAGAGCAGUGAUGUUUUGGGGCUGUCGCUGGGCAACACGGACUUUCAACUCCCUCCAAAGAUUUUCUAUUGGGUUGAGAUCUGGAGACUGGCUAGGCCACUCCAGGACCUUGAAAUGCUUCUUACGAAGCCACUCCUUCGUCGCCCGGGCGGUGUGUUUGGGAUCAUUGUCAUGCUGAAAAACCCAGCCACGUUUCAUCUUCAAUGCCCUUGCUGAUGGAAGGAGGUUUUCACUCAAAAUCUCACGAUACAUGGCCCCAUUCAUUCUUUCCUUUACACGGAUCAGUCGUCCUGGUCCCUUUGCAGAAAAACAGCCCCAAAGCAUGAUGUUUCCACCCCCAUGCUUCACAGUAGGUAUGGUGUUCUUUGGAUGCAACUCAGCAUUCUUUGUCCUCCAAACACGACGAGUUGAGUUUUUACCAAAAAGUUCUAUUUUGGUUUCAUCUGACAUUCUCCCAAUCCUCUUCUGGAUCAUCCAAAUGCACUCUAGCAAACUUCAGACAGGCCUGGACAUGUACUGGCUUAAGCAGGGGGACACGUCUGGCACUGCAGGAUUUCAGUCCCUGGCGGCGUAGUGUGUUACUGGUGGUAGGCUUUGUUACUUUGGUCCCAGCUCUCUGCAGGUCAUUCACUAGGUCCCCCCGUGUGGUUCUGGGAUUUUUGCUCACCGUUCUUGUGAUCAUUUUGAUCCCACGGGGUGAGAUCUUGCGUGGAGCCCCAGAUCGAGGGAGAUUAUCAGUGGUCUUGUAUGUCUUCCAUUUCCUAAUAAUUGCUCCCACAGUUGAUUUCUUCAAACCAAGCUGCUUACCUAUUGCAGAUUCAGUCUUCCCAGCCUGGUGCAGGUCUACAAUUUUGUUUCUGGUGUCCUUUGACAGCUCUUUGGUCUUGGCCAUAGUGGAGUUUGGAGUGUGACUGUUUGAGGUUGUGGACAGGUGUCUUUUAUACUGAUAACAAGUUCAAACAGGUGCCAUUAAUACAGGUAACGAGUGGAGGACAGAGGAGCCUCUUAAAGAAGAAGUUACAGGUCUGUGAGAGCCAGAAAUCUUGCUUGUUUGUAGGUGACCAAAUACUUAUUUUCCACCAUAUAAUUUGCAAAUAAAUUCAUUAAAAAUCCUACGUGAUUUUCUGGAUUUUUUUUCUCAAUUUGUCUGUCAUAGUUGACGUGUACCUAUGAUGAAAAUUACAGGCCUCUCAUCUUUUUAAGUGGGAGAACUUGCACAAUUGGUGGCUGACUAAAUACUUUUUUUCCCCACUGUAUGUGUAUGUCUGUCAUACAGUGGCGAUUUAGCCUACAUAUUUAUGUAUUUCUCAUUUAGUUAGCAUUAUCUUAAUGUUCUAUAUUAACCUUUUAGACCCCAAUAGAAAAACUAGAAUGCUGCUGUAGCUUACUGAGAAUUUUCAAGAUAAAGCACAUUUUUCUCACACAUUUCAAACACACAGACAACUCAAAAACAAAGAACAAAUGACAAUUACAAGUUAACUUAGUUUUAAAGAGCACAACCUCUUCUUCAAUGACACCACAUUCAUGUCAAUAGGAAUAACACUCAUUUUGUCUUCCAUUGUGUAAAGACACUCACUAUCAAAAAACGAUUAACGCAAAACACUAGAGUAUUUCUAUUGUAGUACAUUUGACUAAAUUCUCACAAAAAAUGUACCAAGUAUAAUAUAUUAUACUUAUGAAUAUUAUUUACAUAUAAAUAAAAAUAUAAUCCAAAAUGUGACCUUAGGACAAUAUUCAGAAAGUAUUUCAAAACCUACACAAAGAAGGCUAUUUGAUUGAUGAUUUUUAAUGCGAACAACUAUUCAGAGACUAUUUAAAAAUUUAGGUAACUUCUCUCAAUAAGAUUUAGUACAAACCAGACCUGACACAAAAUGUAGAAAUUGACAACAAUUCAGUGACUGCAACAAGUAUUAGAUAGAGAAUAAAAAAACACAACUGUUCAGAGACAGGAAAAGAUUUGUAGGACAAAUUCAUAUUUCAUACUGUCACUUUAGUGUUUGCAUUUAGCCUACAACAUGUCAUGGAACUUCUGGAAGCACGACCCCAUCAUGCAAAGUGGCACAGAACACGUAGAGCACCCAAAGAGGUUCCUACACAUCUCCCACUCUGCCCUGCGUCUACUCCGGAUGCACACCACACACCCUCUCUUGUGCCCUUCAAACUUCACCUGCUUUCAAAAGAGUUACAACUCGGUCCACACGCCCUGGUGCCACACUCUUGGCUCCCCUCUUCCUGCCACUGUAGCCAUAUCACAAAGUGAAUGCACAAGCUGCAUUUUGAAUGCCUUUGCAGGGUCCCCCACACAAUGUACAGUGGGGAAGAAAAGUAUUUAGUCAGCCACCAAUUGUGCAAGUUCUCCCACUUAAAAAGAUGAGAGGCCUGUAAUUUUCAUCAUAGGUACACGUCAACUAUGACAGACAAAAUGAGAGAAACAAUUCCAGAAAAUCACAUUGUAGGAUUUUUAAUGAAUUUAUUUGCAAAUUAUGGUGGAAAAUAAGUAUUUGGUCACCUACAAACAAGCAAGAUUUCUGGCUCUCACAGACCUGUAACUUCUUCUUUAAGAGGCUCCUCUGUCCUCCACUCGUUACCCGUAUUAAUGGCACCUGUUUGAACUUGUUAUCAGUAUAAAAGACACCUGUCCACAACCUCAAACAGUCACACUCCAAACUCCACUAUGGCCAAGACCAAAGAGCUGUCAAAGGACACCAGAAACAAAAUUGUAGACCUGCACCAGGUUGGGAAGACUGAAUCUGCAAUAGGUAAGCAGCUUGGUUUGAAGAAAUCAACUGUGGGAGCAAUUAUUAGGAAAUGGAAGACAUACAAGCCCACUGAUAAUCUCCCUCGAUCUGGGGCUCCUCGCAAGAUCUCACCCUGUGGGGUCAAAAUAAUCACAAGAACGGUGAGCAAAAAUCCCAGAACCACACGGGGGGACCUAGUGAAUGACCUGCAGAGAGCUGGGACCAAAGUAACAAAGCCUACCAUCAGUAACACACUACACCGCCAGGGACUCAAAUCCUGCAGCGCCAGACGUGUCCCCCUGCUUAAGCCAAAAGAAAAAGUAUUUAUUUCACGUCUUUUUUUUCCAAUCAUUUUAUUUCAAUUAAAGGUUCGAUUUUUAUGAAUAUUUUGAAUGAAAGACCAAGAGGAUAAACAGCAAAGACAUUUUUUUCACAGCCCGUUUUGCUCAUAUUUACCAAGGGUGCCAAUAUUAGUGGAGGGCACUGUGCAGUACUUCCACCAUUUUCUGCCUGUGUGUCCAAGAUUGUAAUAGCUCCUCAGUUGGUCAAGAUGGUCAACCCCUCCCCUUUUCUUGUUGUAAUCCAUUACAAGCUCUGGAACAGAUAUAAGUGCCUACCACUUUUAAAAACAACUCCAAAAUCCCUGCCACUGUCACUUUAGGCCCUAGGCUGUGUGGUACAAGGGUGAAUGGUGGGACUUGGGGCAGACACACACCAUGGAAACGUAGGCUCCCCCCUCGGGUGUGCUCUCUCUCUUCCCCUUCCUCUGCUUCAUCCUCUCCCUCCUCUUCACUCUCCUCUUCCUCUCUCCCUCCAUUCUCGCUCCACAUCUCUAUCCCUCCAAUCAUCUCUAACUUCUCUUCCUUCCUGUCUUUUGCUGCUGAGCCCUGACUCUCCACAUCACUUCAUUCUCUUUCACUGACCUAAAGGAACAGAGUAACAGAAUGAGAGGAGAGGAGCAACAAAUAGGAUACAAUUGUAGUCAGGAACAUAAUCUCUCUCACACUCUUGCUCUUUUUUCCUCUUUCUUUUUCUCAACAUACACAUACUCUCUUCCUAAUAAGGGGUUUCCAUAAUAAGUUGUGUGAUAGUUACACGCCUCCCGUUCCACCCACACACACACACACGCAAACUCACUCUCUCCUCCAAUCAACUCUUGCUGUCUUGCCUGACAGACUAACUACGGAGUUCGCUGAUUAGUUACGAAGCUGGGACAGUUUUUUAUAAAUGAAUUGCAUCGGUAGAAACAGGACAAAACAAGCAACUUGUUAGCUGGCUAUGUAAACAAAUAUCCAACUCAUCAUAUGAGCUCCACUGCACAGACAUCUACUACCCUAACACGACAGCUAAGCUGUCAAAUAAUAGGAAUACGAGGCAAUGUAUAGCCUAUGAAUAUCUGCCCCUAGCGAACAUGACAAACCAUAACCUAAGCCCAACAGAUAAACACAAAUGACUCUAGCCUUCAUUUCGGUGACUAGUUAGCUGGUUGUCUGUAUGGCUAGCUAGUGAAAAUGACAGCUGAGGUUGAAGCUUUGUGAGCGCAGCCCAAAUUUACCGCUACACACAACUUUUCUUGCCUGACAAACUAACUAGUUAGCUAGCUAUUGCAAGCAGCUUGGGCCGUUUCCAUAUGAAGUAUAUCGGUAGAAACAAGACAAAACAACCAACUAGUUAGCUGACUAUAUACAGCUAAACACUGCAACUAUUUCCGUGAGACAGAGAGCAAUCAUUCAAGCUCCACCGCUGAUGUGCUCGCCUGUACCAACCAAGUUAUCAUGACAUGACAGGAUUUGCUAAUCUGUGAGCUAUUCCCCAAAUUUCACAGCAUCAAACAUCGACAACACUGUUUACUUAUUUCACUCACCUCGACAUCAUCGCUUUUUGAAGUGCAAGGAUCUGUGCGAAUCCGUAUCAUCAACCAAAAUAGGUAAAGCCUCUAUCACAGUGAAAAGUUAUCUGCUUUGGCACUGUCAUUUUGAGUAAUGAAGUAAAACAAAAACCGUUAAAGUCAAAUAACGCAUACCCUGUUUCUGGUUGAUGACAACAGCCACGCGAAUACGACAGCAGGUUGUUAGCAAGUACAUUUUGUGAUAUUGACACAGAUAUUAUUGUUAGAAAAACUAGGCCGUUCGCGACCGCUAUAGUAAUUUAAAGAAAGGCUGUCGACGGCCGCUUUGGGUUCUAAAUUAAUUGAAUGUGAUGGUGAUUUAUCUAUUUGUGGGCUGAUGGUCAAGAUUAUGGAUGAAAAUGUUGCGUGUUUUCAAUCUUAGAUAAUCACGUAUGGGUGAUAGUCUAUAUAUUUUUGCUGUGUUGCCUAGAUUGUGGACUUGUGCUUGUUUCAGUUGUUUGUCCACCCCACUCCCCAUUGGCAAUUCUGCCUUUUCCCGUUCGAAUGGCAACAGAUGGCUUCAGCCUCCUAACAGAGACCUGUUUGUUGGUGUUGCCAUCCAUCUUGCUUUCCUAGACAGUGGUAAUUUUCACACAACAUGGGCAAAGUGAAUCAUGUAUUUACUCCAUGCCAUACUGUAGCUUGAUCAAGGGAACAUGCACAGCAUAAAAUAAAGGUGAGAUUAGGGGUUAGAUUUAUUCAUUCUAUCAACAUAAGGCAUUAAUAACGCUACCAUAAACUCUUAUUACCCAUGACAUAACAGCUAAAUAGUGCGCUGUUAAAGCUUUACGAUAUCAAGGAUGAGAUUGGGCAUUAAAAUAAGUUGAUGGCUUCUUGACUUCUCUCCAAUUGUAAAGAAGUCACACAUUUUCUUGGCCACAUGUUGGACUCCAGCAGUAUUCCUUUGGCCAUGUGACAAAUUAUAAUAUGCAUGGCCCCUCAACCCAAAUGCUGCAGUGUCAGAAGAUGCUUUUAGGGUAAUUAUGAGUGGGUUUCAGGGAGGCAGGCACCGAGUUGAACGGAAGUGACAGAGUUGGGGGAAGAAAAGGUAUAAAUAAUUAAUGGGCUUUUAGCAGCAGCUAAUGAUCGCUGCCUGCUGAUGUGCCAGCCUGAGCAUUUACACAAACCCGCUGGCAUUUUAUCUGUCAGUGGCCCCAGAAAUGUGUAUGCCCAGUUCACUGUCGAAGGCUCACUGUGUCAAACCUACUGGACUAAAAUACAAUUUUUCUUGCAUUCCUGAGUAAUAUGUAUUUGGAAAUUGAGUGUUUAAGCACUUUCAUUUGAAAGCUAGUCAGUAUUAUAUGAAGGUAUUCUGUAUUUGACAGAACUUGAGGGAUACCUUAAAUGUAUUUCCAACAAAGAUCCAGAGUUGGGUUUUAUCCAGUUUUAUAUGCAUUCAUAUAAAAACUAAACUCAACAAAAAAAUAAAAAUCCAAAUAACUUCACAGAUCUUCAUUGUAAAGGGUUUAAACACUGUUUCCCAUGCUUGUUCAAUGAACCAUAAACAAUUAAUGAACAUGCACCUGUGGAACGGUCGUUAAAACACUAACAGUGGUAGGCAAUUAAGGUCACAGUUAUGAAAACUUAGGACACUAAAGACGCCUUUCUACUGACUCUGAAAAACACCAAAAGAAAGAUGCCCAGGGUCCCUGCUCAUCUGUGUGAACGUGCCUUAGGCAUAAAAUAAAAUAAAUACAUUGGUCAUUUAGCAGACGCUCUUAUCCAGAGCGACUUACAGGAGCAAUUAGAGUUAAGUGACAUGCUCAAGGGCACAUCGACAGAUUUUUCACCUAGUCGGCUCGGGGAUUAGAACCAGCGACCUUCCGGUUACUGGCACAACGCUCUUAACCGCUAAGCUACCUGCCGCCCUACCAUGCCUCCUUGCAGGCAUGCUGCAAGGAGGCAUGAGGACUGCAGAUGUGGCCAGGGCAAUACAUGGCAAUGUCCGUACUGUGAGACGCCUAAGACAGCAAUACAGGGAGACAGGACGGACAGCUGAUCGUCCUCGCAGUGGCAGACCACGUGUAACAACACCUGCACAGGAUCGGUACAUCCGAACAUCACACCUGCGGGACAGGUACAGGAUGGCAACAGCAGCUGCCCGAGUUACACCAGGAACGCACAAUCUCUCCAUCAGUGCACAGACUGUCCGCAAUAGGCUGAGAGAGGCUGGACUGAGGGCUUGUAGGCCUGUCGUAAGGCAACGUUGCCUAUGGGCACAAACCCACCGUCGCUGGACCAGACAGGACUGCCAAAAAGUGCUCUUCACUGAUGAGUCGCGGUUUGUCUCACCAGGGGUGAUGGUCGGAUUCACGUUUAUCGUUGAAGGAAUGAGCGUUACACCGAGGCCUGUACUCUGGAGCGGGAUUGAUUUGGAGGUGGAGUGUCCGUCAUGGUCUGGGGCGGUGUGUCACAGCAUCAUUGGACUGAGCUUGUUGUCAUUGCAGGCGAUCUCAAUGCUGUGCGUUACAGGGAAGACAUCCUCCUCCCUCAUGUGGUACCCUUCCUGCAGGCUCAUCCUGACAUGACCCUCCAGCAUGACAAUGCCACCAGCCUGACAGGAAUGUCAGUGUUCUGCCAUGGCCAGCGAAGAGCCCGGAUCUCAAUCCCAUUGAGCACGUCUGGGACCUAUUGGAUCGGAGGGUGAGGGCUGGGGCCAUUCCCCCCAGAAAUAUUGGGGAACUUGCAGGUGCCUUGGUGGAAGAGUGGGGUAACAUCUCACAGCAAGAACUGGCAAAUCUGGUGCAGUCCAUGAGGAGGAGAUGCACUGCAGUACUUAAUGCAGCUGGUGGCCACACCAGAUACUGACUGUUACUUUUCAUUUUGACCCCCCCUUUGUUCAGGGACACAUUAUUACAUUUAUGUUAGUCACAUGUCUGUGGAACCUGUUCAGUUUGUCUGUUGUUGAAUCUUGUUAUGCUCAUACAAAUAUUUACACAUGUUAAGAAUGCUGAAAAUAAAUGCAGUUGAAAGUGAGAGGACGUUUCUUUUUUGCUGAGUUUAUGUAAAACAUCUCUGGGGAGAUAAAUCUAGCUAGCUCAGCCAUUGGCAUGGCCCUCAGAUGCUAGAUAGAAAGCAUCUGCAAUUGAACUGUAUUAGGGCUGAAUUUUGUAGUGACAGUGGAAUCAACCAAUCACAUUUUACUUGUAAUGGGUGGGACCGUUUUUACAAAGACUCGAAGGCCGACAGGUCACUGCGCAAUAGCGAGCUGUAGUUUUCCCAUGGUCUAGUUAGCUUUUGUUGAAGGCAAAAGUGUGGCGGCUGCAGCAGCAGGUGUUAUCGUUUUUGCUAAUUUUCAAGAGUAUUUAUUAAGGAUCCUGGGGUCCAAACAAGAUUAAGGCAAUUACAUCACAAAACAAAUAAAAAUAAAUCAGUACAUCAUACAACACAUUACACCACUACAUAUGUACAAUACAAAAUGUAUAAUACAACAAUAUUACAACAUUACAAUGUACGUGUGUGGAGUGCGUGUGCUUAUUUGUGUGUGCCUGUUUGUGUCUCUUCACAUUCCAUAAGUCGUAGUUUUUUAAGUUUGAUUUGACUACUUGCUUGAGUUACUUGAUGUGCAAUAGAGUUCCAUGUAGUCAUGGCUCUAUGUAGUACUGUGCGUUUCCCAGAGUCUGUUCUGGACUUGGGGACUGUGAAGAGACCUCUGGUGCCAUGUUUUGUGGGGUAUGCAUGUGUGUCUGAGCUGGGUGCUAGUCGUUUGAACAGACAGCUCUGUGCUUUCAACAUGUCAAUACCUCUCACAAAGACAAGUAGUGAUGCGGUCAAUCUCUCCUCAACUUUGAGCCAGGAGAGCUUGACAUUCAUGUUAUUGAUGUUAUCUCUCUGUGUACAUUUAAGGGCCAGCCGUGCUGCUCUGUUCUGGGCCAACUGUAUUUUGUAAUGUCCCUCUUUUUGGCACUUGACCAUAUGACUGGGCAGUAGUACAGGUGCGACACAACUAGGGCCUGUAGGACUUGUUUUGUUGAUAGAGAUGUCAAGAAAGCAGAGCAGCGCUUUAUUACGGACAGACCUCUCCCCAUCUUAGCUACCGUUGCAUAAAUAUGUUUUGACCAUGACAGUUUACAAUCCAGGGUUACACCAAGCAGUUUGGUCUCCUCAACUUGCUCAAUUUCCACAUUAUUAAUUACAAGAUUUAGUUGAGGUUUAGUAAAUGAUUUGUCCCAAAUGCAAUGUUUUUAGUUUUGGAAAUAUUUAGUACUAGCUUAUUACUUGCCACCCAUUCUAACACCGACUGCGGCUCUUUGUUAAGUGUUGCAGUGAUUUGACUUGCUGUGGUAGCUAAUGUUGAGUCAUCAGCAUACAUAGACACACAGGCUUUACUUAGUGCCAGUGGCAGGUCAUUAGUAAACAUUAAAAGAGUAAGGGGCCUAGACAGCUACCCUGGGGUAUGCCCACUCUUUUUAUUUUAUUUAACCAGGAAAAGCCCAUUGAUACCCAGAGUCUCCUUUUCAAGGGAGACCUGGCCAAGAAGGCAGCAACAAUCAAUACAUUACAGAAUUAAAACAUACAACAAUACAAUUCAACAUGAUCCAGCCUAAAAAAGCAUUUACACUCCUCUGUAACAGUCUUCCAUCAACAUUUUAAAUUAAUUCAGUGGCACUAACAUAUCUAGAUGAAGCAUGGGUUGUAGAAUUUUCCAUGCCUCUGGUGCACAAGAUGAGAAGGCAGUCUUGCCUAAUACUGUAAAUGUCCUGGGGACUUUAAGUAGCAACCACCUAGGAGACAGGGUAUGGUAACUGCUGGUGGUGAAGGAGACCAGACUACGGAGGUAAAGAGGGAGUUUACCCAAAAGGGCUCUGUAGAUAAACACGUACAAAUGGAGCUUUCUGCGCAUAUAAAGUGAGGUCCAUCCCACCAUUUGGUGCAAUGGUGGGUGAGUGACUUGGCAUUUCUAAUAAAGCGCAAGGAUGCAUGAUAAAUAGAGUCCAGUCUCUGUAAGACAGAGGAGGCUGCAUGCGACUACAACAAGUCACCAUAAUCAAUUACAGAGAGAGAAGUGGCCUGAACAAGCUUCUUUCUAGCCAUAAGCGGGAAGCAAGCCUUAUUACGAAAAAUAAAAACCCAAUUUCAAUUUAAGCUUCCCCACAAGAUUAUCCAUAUGAACUUUAAAGGACAACUUAUCAUCCAACCAUAUACCUAGGUACAGUGGGGGAAAAAAGUAUUUAGUCAGCCACCAAUUGUGCAAGUUCUCCCACUUAAAAAGAUGAGAGAGGCCUGUAAUUUUCAUCAUAGGUACACGUCAACUAUGACAGACAAAAUGAAGAAAAAAAAAUCCAGAAAAUCACAUUGUAGGAUUUUUAAUGAAUUUAUUUGCAAAUUAUGGUGGAAAAUAAGUAUUUGGUCAAUAACAAAAGUUUCUCAAUACUUUGUUAUAUACCCUUUGUUGGCAAUGACACAGGUCAAACGUUUUCUGUAAGUCUUCACAAGGUUUUCACACACUGUUGCUGGUAUUUUGGCCCAUUCCUCCAUGCAGAUCUCCUCUAGAGCAGUGAUGUUUUGGGGCUGUCGCUGGGCAACACAGACUUUCAACUCCCUCCAAAGAUUUUCUAUGGGGUUGAGAUCUGGAGACUGGCUAGGCCACUCCAGGACCUUGAAAUGCUUCUUAUGAAGCCACUCCUUCGUUGCCUGGGCGGUGUGUUUGGGAUCAUUGUCAUGCUGAAAGACCCAGCCACGUUUCAUCUUCAAUGCCCUUGCUGAUGGAAGUAGGUUUUCACUCAGAAUCUCACGAUACAUGGCCCCAUUCAUUCUUUCCUUUACACGGAUCAGUCGUCCUGGUCCCUUUGCAGAAAAACAGCCCCAAAGCAUGAUGUUUCCACCCCCAUGCUUCACAUUAGGUAUGGUGUUCUUUGUCCUCCAAACACGACGAGUUGAGUUUUUACCAAAAAGUUAUAUUUUGGUUUCAUCUGACCAUAUGACAUUCUCCCAAUCCUCUUCUGGAUCAUCCAAAUGCACUCUAGCAAACUUCAGACGGGCCUGGACAUGUACUGGCUUAAGCAGGGGGACACGUCUGGCACUGCAGGAUUUGAGUCCCUGGCGGCGUAGUGUGUUACUGAUGGUAGGCUUUGUUACUUUGGUCCCAGCUCUCUGCAGGUCAUUCACUAGGUCUCCCCGUGUGGUUCUGGGAUUUUUGCUCACCGUUCUUGUGAUCAUUUUGACCCCACGGGGUGAGAUCUUGCGUGGAGCCCCAGAUCGAGGGAGAUUAUCAGUGGUCUUGUAUGUCUUCCAUUUCCUAAUAAUUGCUCCCACAGUUGAUUUCUUCAAACCAAGCUGCUUACCUAUUGCAGAUUCAGUCUUCCCAGCCUGGUGCAGGUCUACAAUUUUGUUUCUGGUGUCCUUUGACAGCUCUUUGGUCUUGGCCAUAGUGGAGUUUGGAGUGUGACUGUUUGAGAUUGUGGACAGGUGUCUUUUAUACUGAUAACAAGUUCAAACAGGUGCCAUUAAUACAGGUAACGAGUGGAAGACAGAGGAGCCUCUUAAAGAAGAAGUUACAGGUCUGUGAGAGCCAGAAUUCUUGCUUGUUUGUAGGUGACCAAAUACUUAUUUUCCACCAUAAUUUGCAAAUAAAUUCAUUAAAAAUCCUACAAUGUGAUUUUCUGGAUUUUUUUUCCUCAAUUUGUCUGCCAUAGUUGACGUGUACCGAUGAUGAAAAUUACAGGCCUCUCUCAUCUUUUUAAGUGGGAGAACUUGCACAAUUUGUGGCUGACUAAAUACUUUUUUUCCCCACUGUAUUUGUAGGAUGACACUUUUUCAAUGGAUAAGCCACCAGAUGUGACAAUGCUAACCUUCUCUGGCUGAGUGUGAGCUCUGGUAAAGGUCAUGAACGUUGUUUUCUUUACAUUCAAGACUAGUUUGAGCCCAUAAAGGGAGGCCUGCAGUGACUGAAAAGCAGUCUGGAGCUCUUCAACAGCUUGAACCAGAGAAGGAGCACAUUAAUAUAUGACUGUAUCAUCUGCAUAUAGAUGCAACUUUGCUGGUUGCAUCCCAUUUCCCAGAUCAUUAAUAAAAUUGAGGACAACACAGUAGCUAAAAUGGAACCCUGGGGCACACGUAUAUUAAUCUCAAGAAAGCUAGACUUGUGAUUGUCAGCAUAUACACAUUGUGUUCUGUCAGAAAGAUAGUUCCUAAACCAAUCUACUGCCCCUUCACUGAGACCAAUGUUACUGAGUCUAGCUAGCAACAAUUAAUGGUCAACUGAAUCAAAUGCCUUUUGAUAAAUCAACAAACAGAGCAGCACAAUGGUGCUUUUUAUCAAGUGCGUUGAUGUCAUUUGCCAGUGCCAUAGCUGUGCCCCGAUCUAAAGCCAGACUGAACCCCACUCAGCAUGUUAUUUUCAAUUAAGACGUUUUUUAACUGUGAGUUCUCUAAGGAUUCAUAGACUUUGGCCAGGAUAGGGAGUUUGGAGAUAGGACGAUAAUUAUUAGCAUCUGAGGGAUCUCCACCCUUUAGUAGUGGGAGGACAUAAGCUGAUUGGUCAAGAGACUCAUGUUGAAAAUGUGAGCCACAGGUUCAGUAAUAAUACCAGCUGCUAUCUUUAAGACGUAGGGAUCCUUCUUAGUGUCUAUUGCCUUUAGUGCUUUAUAGACCUCAGCAUAAGAAACAGGCUCAAAGUUAAAAUGGUUCACAUGAGAGCCUAUAUCAUAGUUUACUGUAACAGAGCUUACAUUAGAGGCCUGGGCCCCAACAUUAUCAAAAACUGAACCAGCAGAUAAGAAGUGCUUGUUAAAAAAAACUACAAUAUCAGCUUUAUCCUUCACUUCAUUAGAAUCCAUCAUUAAAUGGUCAGGAAAGCCAGAGGAUACAUUAGAACCGGACACUGAUUUGAUUAGCUUCCAGAACUUGGUAGGGUUGCUUAGGUUCUCUGUGACUGCAUUUAGAUACUAAUCUGAUUUGGACUUCAUGAUCAAUCCUGUACAUUUGUUUCUUAGCGCUCUGAAGGAGGCCCAGUCAACGGGAGCAUUUGUAUGUCUAGCUUGAGCCCAAGAGACAUUUCUCUUUCCAAUUAAUUCUGUCAAGUUAUCUGAAAACCAGGGAUUGUCCCCUUCUAAAUUUCUUCACAGGGGCAUGCUUAUCACAAAUGGACACAAAUUGCAUAUAAAAAUAGUCCCAGGCAGUGUCAACAUCGGGAAUCAGACUUACUCUGUCAAUAUUGUGGUACAGAUCAUGUAAGAACGCUUACUCAUCAAACUGCCUAAAAUGUAUUUAGAAAAUAUAACAGGGUUUGGUCAUUUUUGUAUUUCUAACACAAGCAAUUGCACAGUGAUCACUGACAUCAUUACUAGGGGUGUAACGAUCCAUCUACUACAUCGAUGUAUCGAUUUAUAUUCCUAUGAUCCAACUACAUCGAUCUGUGCUCGGCGAGUUGGCCUUUUGGACAACAUAUAUCGAUCUAACAUCGUUUUAAAAUGUAAUAAAUCGAUUGUAUCGAUACUAGGAAAUAACCCAUUGGAUUUAAGCACGUCAGACUUUAUAUGGAUGUUUUUUCUUAGCACUUUUAAUGAUAAAGGCUUUAAACAUUACUCGAUUCAGUCUGCCUAUCCGUGACGUCAUCGCUCCAACAGCAGCGCAAAGGCGCAAAGACAACAAAACAUAGCAUGGCGGACGACAGAGGAGAAGCCGACGAGCGAGAAAUUAUCAAGCCACCAUUGCGGUCCUUACAAGAAACAGGAAUCUAGGAAACUUCACCUGCACUGUCCAGUAUCCAGGUAUGUAUUUCAGUCACACUGGUUGAAUUUUUGGCUAAAAGGUUACUGAAUCGAUUUCAAGUCACUGAAUCGUUUCGGAUCGUAUCGUUCUAAAUGAACCAAUAUCGUCCUUGAAUCGUAUCGACAACCACGAAUCGUGAUACAAAUCGAAUCGUUGUUAAAACGAAUCGUUACACCCCUAAUCAUUACAGAAUAUCCCAGUCGAUGUGCAUUUGUGAGGGGUAUUCGUUAGAAGAAUGUUCAACAGCGUUGUGGGAUUCGAUCUUGUAGGCGCAUGAAUUAAUUGCACGAGAUUCAGAGUCACACAGUUCUUUAAAAGAGUCUGAUACAGAUGUAAGCAUGUCCCAGUUCAAAUCGCCUAAAAUAAUGAAUUCAGAGUCAUUUAGCUUGUGCCGGACAUCAGAGAGAGAGUUUAGUGCAUCUCCAGAAGCCGAGGGCGGUCUGUAGCAGCUGACUACAGUGAUCUGGGAGUCCUUAUAUACGUUCACUUUAACCGCAAGCAAUUCAAAAUGUUUGGCUUUGGUAAUCAGAGAAUUUCAGAGAUGUUAAACUUGGAUUUCACAUAAAUUGCAACCCCUCCUCCUUUACUCAUCUGCUCAGUUUUAAAAACUGUGUACCCAUCAAUAGAAAUCAAGUUAUUUGACACAGAUUUCAUUAGCCAAGUUUCUGAUAAAACCAUUAUGUCCUCAUUUGUCAUAUUGGCCCAUAUUCUAAUCAAGUCUAUUUUUGGAAAUAGACUUCUAAUAUUAACAUGCAAGAGGCCAAAACCUGUUCUGUUUUUUAAAUCAUAGGGAGUCUGUAGAGAUUGCAUGGUAUCUGCCGGCCCAGGGUUUGGAGAUCAACAAUAAAAGCAUAACAAUACAUCUCAGUUGCCCAAUGCGUGAGGACUUGGCGGAGCCAGCACCAUUGUCAAUGAAACAAGCUGAGUCUUUUGACACAGGAAGAAAAGUAAUUCAAGAGUUUGUGAUUUUGGAAGUAUGCUAUCAAGUGUAGGUCCACUUGCGUUUGAGAGUGGUACAAAUGCAGUUGCAGAGAGUCCAAGUUCCUGGUGGUAUUAACAUGAUGGUCUCGUCAGAGUGUUUACAAAUUGUAGGGCGUAAGGCAAAGAUAAUUCACUCACCCAUUGAUCAUUCAGCCUAUUUAAUCCAGGAUGGCAUUGAGUAAAGAGAAAGCACAGUAAGCGAUACAUAAUGCUGGUUUUUAGAGUCCUUUCAGCACAGGUGACGACCAGUAGACGUUGUGUACAAUGACGUAGAUUUUCUCACGGCCCACGGUACAUCAGGUUUUCCAAUCUGGAAACCGCUUCUCCACUCCUAGCCUUCAGUGCGCACCUGCAAUCGAGUAGCAGGCCUUGCGCGCAGACAGACUCCUGACUCGGCGUGCUCCAACUCCAAAAAGGUGUAGGCUACAGUUUACGAGCAGCCCGAGGCAGAAAAAAAAGGCUUUCUCUAAAAAUAAUAGUUGUUAUAUACAGCAUCCACCUACACAUCAAAAGUGUUUGCUUCUGUAGACAGGAUCCGGGUCAUUAAAACAACUCAGAUCUCAAUGAUCAGACAUACAAACGGACACACUGAUUGGCAGCCAUUAAAGAACACCAUCUGUGUUCUCUUAGACAGGUAACUCUUGAUCCACAAUAUGGCAGAGGAUGUAAGCCAUAACACAUUUUUUUCAGCAGUGGAAAAAACAAUGUUUUUGAUAAUGUCAAAAGCUGUACUGAAGUCUAAAAACAGCUCCCACAAUCUUCUUAUUAUCAAUUUCUUUCAGCCAAUCAUCAGUCUUUUGUGUAAGUGCCAUACAUGUUGAGUGCCCUUCCCUAUAAGCGUGCUGAAAGUCAGUUGUUAAUUUGUUUACUGUGAAAUAGCAUUGUAUCUCGUCAAACACAAUUUUGUUCAAAAGUUUGGUAGCAGGAUGAUUGGUCGGCUGUUUGAACCAGUAAAGUGUGCUUUACUAUUCUUGGGUAGCGGAAUUAAUUUAGCUUCCCUCCAGGCCAGAGGGGGCACACUUUCCUGUAGGUUUAGAUUGAAGCGAUGGCAAAUAGGAGUGGUUACUUUCAACAAGAAGUUAAGUUUCAAAUGAUCAUCAUCCGGUGAGUGGAACUGUUUUUAUUUAUUUAUUGCAGCUAUGCUCUUUGAAAAUGAUGCAUUAUGCAUGUGAAACAUUGUUACAUCUAAACUUUAGAUCACCGGUUACUUUGUGUGCUGAAAGUGAUCAAGAUGUUUGCAAUGGGAAGUAAUAGUUGUACAUUUCGAUUUGGAAAUGCUUAGCCUAAUGGUUGUGUUUUUGUAUUCUUAUGAUUGGGACCUACUGGCUUAUUAUGUCCUAGUGAAUGGGCUACUUAUUCUUUAACAUCAUGCUGUGUGUGACUGCUGCCUUUUUAUCAGCACUUGUGUUUUACAAAAAGUGCGCUCUCCUACAUGGAGUGCACUAGUAUUACGGCCGCUGUCCUUUCAGGCAUCACGAGCGUGUCACACUCAUAUCCUUUGAUGUGUCACUGUUGUCGCUUUUGAUGAUAGCAAGGUUUCUUUCCGGAUCAAAAGGGGGCUUAGGUGGUGGGCGUGGCAGGGGGCGUGGCCAGUGGCGGCUCCUGAAAAAAAAAAAAAAAUUCUCAGGGGGGGCAAUUUUUCUGAUGAUUUAGGUGACCUACACACAUUUUAAAAAAGAUAUGUCCAGCAACAACAUGAAGACAGGGGCAGCAUAUAAGUCAAUACUGAUAUACACAUUACUUGCUUCAAAAAGGCCUCAUGGUUGAAUUGGAAAUAUGUGCACCUGAGCAUAAUUCACAACAAGCAAGCAGGAGCUUUUGAUAGAGGCUACUGAAAACAUUGAUGCAAGUUAUUGGUAAUAAGAAUUUUUAUAGACUUCCAUAUUCUGCCCUCUUGUAUAGAUUUGUGAAAAUGAACAGUGAUAGACAUUUUGCCUGAAAACAGAAUUUGAAAAUAAUUUAUAGAAAAGGUAAACACAGCUAUCUGUAUGGCUUUGUAAAAAUGAACAACCAUAUUCUGGCCAAUUGUAUAGAUUUGUAAAUAUGAACAACCAUAUUCUGGCCAAUUGUAUAGAUUUGUAAAAAUGAACAUGAACAGAUUUUUUUUUUUUUACUUAAAAAAAAAUGAAAAAUAACUAUUUUAAACAACAUCAACUGUGAACUGAUUUGGGCGUGUGUGUGUUAAAGAGACAGACAGGGAGGGACAAAGAGAGAGAGAGGCUACAUUACUUGUACUGAAACUGUUCUAGCUUGCUGCAUGAUCAAAUUCAGCUGAUGCGCAUAGCAAUGCACGUAAUGGGCAUUCUUGAAAUGCUCACGCACCUUUUGCUGCACACCAGCCUUCUCUCCCCUCAUCACACUGGCUCCAUCGUAAGCUUGCGCAAUGAGUUUGACUUUCUCGUCGUCUGCAAAAAGACCGUUCAGUCUCUCCAAAAGCACACUGGCGAUUGAGACUGAGGUUGAUUCCGAGAUGGGAAGGAACUCAAAAAAGCGCUCCUGCACUUUGUGGUUGCUAUCUAUGUACCUCAGCACAAGCACCAGCUGUGUCUGUGUAGAAACGUCCGUGGUCUCGUCAGCUUGGAUAGCUACGAAGUUCGCCGACUUCACCUCCUCCACAAUAUGUUCCCUUAUGACCGCUAGCAUACACUCCAGUAGCUCGUUUUGAAUGGUCUUUGAUGUGCCCUUGAAAACUUUAGCAUUUUUAAGAUGGUCAUCAAACACCUCAUCUAAUUGUGCCACAAAGUUGACAAGUCCAAGAAAAAUACCAGGGUUGGUGGAGCCCUCAGUUUCAUCUUUGCCUCGCAAAGCUAGCCAUCUUGACAGUAGUACGUGAAUUGAUUGACGCUGCUACCCGCUCUUUUCUUAGUUAUGUUCAUGGUUACUUAUGUUACGUAUGACGAAAGCACGUAAGUGCAAGCCCUCCCGGAACCCAUAGAGAUUGUAUUGAAAGCUCUGAUAUUUGAAAAAAAAAAGAUUUUACAUGAGAGUCUAUGAGAGACUCCUGGGCGAUUUUCAACCUGACUGAAAUCGCCCCAAAAGGGGCGGGGCCAUUUGAAGCACGACUUUAGCCUGAUUGGACAUUUAGUGGCAGAUCAGACGUCUAGAUUAGAACACUGAUAACUACUGUUGCCGUGAUAUAAUUUAUUAGAAAAAAAAUCCCUUCCUUUUCCCGUUUGGCAGUGCGUCGCCCAUAUCGCCCUAAUGAACACACCGCCCCUGGGCGUGGCAAUGGCCACGGUCGGCCCGUCUGCUCGGCUGGAUUGUGGAGAAAAUAUUAGAGGCCCACAUCUUGGCGGUGUUGAAAUGUUUGAAUUGUUAAAGGGAUACUUUGAGAUUUUGGCAAUGAGGCCUUUAUCUACUUCCACAGAGACCGAUGUAAAUGACGUGUAAAUAAGAAUUUGUUCUUAACUUACUUGCCUAGUUAAAUAAAGGUAUAAAAAAAUUAAAAAUAUUACGCUAACACUAGUUAGCAUUGGCUACCUUCAUACUGGACACAAAAUCCCGAAGUACCCCUUUAUGCCAAUUUUCUGCAAUUCUACACAUUUCUCCAUGGAGCUGAGAGAUUGCUUCAGUUUUAAUCACAUUUCCUGCAGUUCUGCACAUUUUUCCAUGGAACUGAGAGAAAAUGUUGCCGUUUUUAAAGCUAAUUUAAAUCCCGAAAAUGUAUUCAAGGCAUCCCAAAAAAAUGAGUAGGUGAACCGUCCCAGUAUUGCUAUGGAUGAAAAAUCCCUGGAUAGUGUUAGGUUACCAUAGGUUGUGUAAGCAGUGCUGCUGUUGGUACCAUUAUCCAUGCAGGUGCUGUCUCUGUGGGAGUGGCAGCCCAAAGUGCAGGUCAGGCCUGUUUGAUUCAGUUGGGUGCAUUAAGUGAUACGUUUCUGUUAUUUAUGUUGAUUUGUUAGUUCGGUACAACGUUUUGGGAGAUCCCCCACUGAAGGCCUAGGUCUAAUAGUCACAGUUUGCCACUGGAUGCACUUAAAAUGUGUCCAGUGUGCCAUUGGCUCUUCAUUUGGCACAUAACAAUGUAUAUCUCAGCAGAUCGGAGGUUGUAGUGAAAUCCGUUUCAAUUCCAAUCAAACCAGCAAAUAAACCAGAUCAUCAAAGAAUCUGUGUCUUAAACCAUUUAAUCUGUGUUUUAGAUUGAAAGUCUUGUUUUUUUUGCUUCAAAAGAGUGAUCAGGGGCAUGCAACUAGUUUUCCUUCGCACAAAAUACAUUAUUGCAACACAUUCUACAGAAAAUAGCAUCAUUUUCAUCGGAUGACAACAAAGUGCAAUGCUAUUUGGCUAGCAGCCACACAUAGCUAGCUAAUUUACAUUUGCUUACAAUGAAAAAGCAAGGUCUUUUUUGCAAAAACUAUGCAUGGCCAUCAUAUGUCUCUGUGUCCAGAAUGUAAGGAAGUUGGAGGCAGUUUCGCAAGCCAAUGCUAAUUAGCGUAAGUGCGAUGACUGGAAGUCUAUUGGUAUCUGCUAGCAUGCAGCAGAUACCCAGAGACUUCCAGUCAUUGCGCUAACGCUUGUUAGCAAUUGCGCUAGCGCUAGUUAGCAACUUCCUUCAAACUGCACACGGAGCCAUAAAAAUGGUAUCCACAAGUUCAUCUGACUCUGGGGAAGUAGAUACAGGGCCUCAUUGCCAAAAUCCCGAAGUAUCCCUUUAAGAUUAGGAUUGGGGGAAGGGAAGCUGAUCGUAGAUCUGUACCUAGGGGAAACUUCACUCUCGAGCUUAACUGCUAUUCCAGACUGUGCUUUGUCUCCCCUCCAGAGUUCAUGCGUAGCCCCUGUGUGGAGGCGGGCCUCAUCCCCCCCCUUGUGCAGCUGCUCCACUCCAAGGACCAGGAGGUGCUGCUGCAGACAGGCCGUGCCCUGGGCAACAUCUGCUACGACAGCCGUAAGUACACCCUGUCAUAGGUUUCCCUUACAUGUUUCUCACCGGGUGGAAAAGCACCCGGGAUCGGUGUCAAUGGGUUCCACCAUCAGCAUUUUCAAUGUGAUUUCUUUUAUUUAUUUUUUAACAUGUGAAGGGGAGGUCACUUUAUCAGGAGGGGGGCCCAUCUUGCCUAGGUGUAAUUGUAGGGGAGGUAUUGAAGUUCCUUUGCCUCUCAACUGUCCCCCCUCUGCUCUCCCUGAGGAGGUGCCUUACAUCAUGGGGGAAACUGGUGUCAGCGGAAUCCAAGCCGGCUAUUAGCAAUAUCUGCUCUUUUGUAUGGCAUUGAUCUGCUGAAAAAGCGGUUUAGUCUUAGGUCAUCAUAAUGGGAUAUAGCCUAGCCUGUUUCACAAGUGGGAAAUACUCUGGCCAUAAUUUGGAAUACUCUGGCCAUAAAGGGCCAAAAGUAUCUGAGAUGACUAUGAUAUUCCAUGGUUCUACCCGAAAGUCAAUGUAAAAUCCAUAAUUUUUCAUCUGUUGAGUAGCAAAGGCUUGGCUAAGCAGCUCUAAUAUAACACUAUUUAGGAACUCUGUCUGUUUUAAGAGGCGCCAGGAUGACAGCCCAUCCCCUGUUAGUCUGGGGAACCAGUCAGCCCUGAGUACCUGCUGAGAGCAGCACUUCUUUCCCCAGAUGGACACCCUCACCUUCAACGUCUGUCACACAAAGAUAAAACUGCUUACAAUGCCUCUAGAACGGGGUGUCAAACAUACGGAUCCGGCCCGCGAGGUGGUUCAAUCUGGCCCACCGGUGGUUUGAGUAAAAAAAAAUGUGUGGGGUGCGGGAAGUGUAGAAAUGAUAAUGAACCUACAUUCAUACAGUUUCUUGACUGUGUCCAGCUCGUUAAUAAUCACCGAAAUGAAAGCUAGACAGUCAGGGAGCAUCGAAUAUUCCAAAAACUAUGUAUAGAGGACAAUUUUUUUCCCAUCUUGAUGGCGAGGAAAUAUAACAUAUUUUCAGUUCGACCUUCCAGACCUCGUUGAAGACCAAAUGAGGCCCCCGCGUCAAAAUUAGCUUGACACCCCUGCUCUAGAAUAAAGAUUUAGGGGACGUAAUCAAGAGUUGUCGUGAAUACAUUUAGGGGAAAAUGUUAUCGGUGGUUAGUUCCGUCUGUGUGUUCCGUUGAGGCCUUAAUGGCAGCUAUUGUUUCUGGUGCAUUGUUUCUGCCGUCACUUAAAGGUGAGACGUCUAUGGUUUGAUAGGAUCAGAAAGAGUAUAUGAGUGUGGGGGCAGCUGGUUAAGCCUUUUUAGCAUGGUGGCAGAAACGUAUGUUUCAGUCGGCGCUGCAGCUGUUUCCAACUCUUAAUGGGGGCACCACUGAAGAAAUGUACAUUUACAUUUUAGUCAGUUUAGAAGGAGUCUGUUGUUGUUUGGUACUGGCCUUUCAAAAUGUAAUUACCACAAGACAAACUGACCGCUUCAACUGCCAAUCGUCGUGCAUUCAAACAACUUCCAGACCUAGCAGCAGAAAAACAAUGCCAGCAUUUUGUCCAUCAAUGGCAACCAGAUUCCAGCCAGUUUGUUUAGUCCUUUCUCUGCUCUGUUUCUACUACAACUCUCUCUCUCCCCCUCCCUCCCCAUCUCUCUUUUGCUCUCUCACCUCUUUUCUCUUCUUGACUCAUCAUCUAACACUUCUUCUGCAAGCUCCAGACAUUCUUAUUCGGUCUGCCACCGUCAUGCACACACAACACUGUAUAAUGUGUCAAUAUGUUCCUGUGUUAAAACAACUAAUGCAGGCAAUAUACUGACAAGGCCCAUGCUGUAACACUUCCUCUGCUAGCUACGCUCCAGACAUCCCCAUUUCAUCUGCCAUCAUCAAGCACACACUUUAUAAUGUGUCGAUAUGUUCCAGUGUCAGCUAACUUUUUUUUAACCUUACUUUGUGUGCUGAAAGUGAUCAAGAUGUUUGCAAUGGGAAGUAAUAGUUGUACAUUUCGAUUUGGAAAUGCUUAGCCUAAUGGUUGUGUUUUUGUAUUCUUAUGAUUGGGACCUACUGGCUUAUUAUGUCAGUGUGAACGGGCUGCUUAUUCUUUAACAUCAUGCUGUGUGUGAGGACAUCUUCCCCACCUCCAGAGUUCUAGCUAGGUGACUUUCAUUCCUUCCUGGUCUGUUGUCUCUAGUCAAAUGAGAUUCAACCAUACAGAUGAGUAUAUCUGUGUGCUUUACAUUAGUCCCUGUUUAGUUCGGUGCUGCCAUGAGAGCACAUGGCCUCCGUACAUCUAUGGUCUAUCUUGCUACAUUAUCUCUUGGCACACCAAGCACUCCUGGUCUACAGUUCAUGUGAUGUCUGCAGUCAAAGGUGAUGUCCUUAAAGUUGAACCCCUAACCUCAGGAGCACCAACUAAUUCCCAUUUUAGUUGACCCAACUAACAUUGUUGACAACAUUUUUAACACUUUGGUGAGGUUCAUUUUAUGUUCUAUAAAUAUGACAUAGGCUAAUUUGUAUGCAAAAUCAUGUAAAAAAUAAUAUACUGAACCAAAAUAUAAACGCAACAUGUAAAGUGUUGGUCCCAUGUUUCAUGAGCUGAAAUAAAGCCCUUUUGUGGGGAAAAACUCAUUCUGAUUGGCUGGGCCUGGCUGCCAAGUGGGUAGGCCUAUGCCCACCUAUGGCUGCACCCCUGCCCAGUCAUGUGAAAUCCAUAGAUUAGGGCCUAAUGAAUUCAUUUCAUGACUGAUUUCCUUAUAUGAACUGUAACUCAGUAAAAUCUUUGAAAUUGUUGCAUGUUGCGUUUAAUAUUUUUGUUUAGCAUAUAUUUGUAUGGCUGUAGUCGAUUGCUAUGUUGAGCAGAGCAGUGUCCUACAAAGGUACUGUGGUCUGUAGUAAUAUGGUGCUAAUUAAGGCCAAUCAAUGAGGCGUCUGCUAAAAACGAAUUCAUAAAAACAGACUGGAGUCACUGAGUGUGACAGAACUUCAACUCCCAUGUCUCUAGGCUGUCUGGUCUUCAGUUCCCAAGAUGGGGCCUUUUUUCUAUUGCACAAAGUGAACAGACUUAUUCUCUCUUCAGUCUAGCUGGGAUUCAGUCACUCCACCACCAUACGUUUGCUGUUCACAGUCAUGCUCAUAUGCAUAACCUGACUCAAUUACUUCUGUAGUACGGUUGUCGGUUGUCGCUUCCACUCAUAACCACACUGUAUAUGAAUUUGACCAUGAUUCUGAUUCUGAAAUCAGAAAAUUAGCAUUUAUUUUUAACUAAUUGGCUUCAUCAGCACUGUCAUUAAAUUUGUCUCCACUUCAGUCUGACAGCCACUUAAGCACACCAAUACAUUUGAGGUUUGGGGUGGGAAUGACUAAAACAAACUGCAAAACUCACAAUAUUGAAUUUCAUGUCUCCGAGCAUUGUGCAACAGGUAUGAGCUUGGGUUAUGUGUGAUUUGAAUUUCUAGCUAGCUGCCUCAAGUCAUUUUUAGUUUUGCCUCUCCUUUUUCACAUUAUGAUUUAUUAUAAUUAUUAUUUAUGGCCAUAUUUAUAUAGCAUUUGUUAUUUACUUAAGUUUUUUUUGUUUUUGUUUUUACUGCUUGCUUAACUUUCUCUCCCUUUUUUAUAGAUUUUUUUUCCAGGUUGGUUGUUGUGAUUGUGUGAUUUUUCUUCUUUUUUGAUUUCCCCCUGACCUCUUUGUUUUGCAGAUGAGGGCAGGAGUGCAGUUGACCUGGCGGGAGGGGCUCAGAUAGUAGCUGGACACAUAAAGUCACUGUCCCAAAAUACUGACCCGGACAAUGGGAAGCUCUUGACUGUCUUUUGUGGCAUGCUGAUGAACUAUAGCAAUGAUAAUGGUAAUGACCAACUCGCCCCGGAUAAACUACAUUAACCAAACUAAACAGAAUAAACGUUUUUAAGAAUGAAUCUACUUUGGCAGUGUCGGUGACUGUUCUAGACGUUAUGUUGACACCUUUUAUCCAGUCUUAAAGUGAUAGUUCACUUUAAUAUGAACGUUUGUGUGAUAUUUUCUGACAUUUAUGUAGUCUAUUGUCGAGAUGAGUCCAUGUCCCAGGCCAUCUGUUGGGUUGAUUCAGCUAUAUGCCUCAAAUCCAAAUCAAUAGGAAACAUGGGCACCGUCUAAUUUCAAACUAUUAAACUGUGCCUGUAUUUUCAUAUAGCUGGAUCUUGUCAGUAGAUGGCGUGGGGGCAUGGAUUCAUAUCGACAUUAGACUGCUUUUGAGGUCUGAAAAUGUCUGACGAAUUGGAGUGUCAUUCAAAGUCAGUUCUUAAAGGCCCAUUCAAAAAUGAGAUUUUGCUGUGUUUUAAAUACAUUUCCACAUAUGAGGUUGGAAUAGUACUGUGAAAUUGUGAAAAUUAUGCUUAUGCCCUUUCAGUGUAACAGUUGUUUUGGUGGGUUGGCGUUUUGGCCUGCCUGGUGACAUUACCAGGCGGUAAAUGAGUUAAUAGGUCAUUAUCAAUAAAACGUCACAAUAUGGUGCAGAGCGUUCGAUUUGGUCGCUUGCAACGUAAACAUCAUCAGAUGACAGUACAUCGGCAAAUGCGCCCUUCCGCUGUUUGACUGACAGAUAGCCCACAAAGGAUGGGGAAAUUAACCUUAACCACUCAUGCUUGUCAGGUAUAGUUUUAUUGACACAGUUGUCAAUGGUUUUAGUGGAGCUAGGGGUCUCCUUGCCCACCAGCAGGCAAAUUGAACCAUUCUGCACCUUGUUGUGAAGUAUUAUCGAUAACGACCUAUAGACCAAUAAAGAGUUCCAAACCCCUCUACUAAUAACAGCUAGUUUUCAGUUUUCCCCUCCCCACUCAGACCACUCCAAGUCCUAGCAAAAUUCUUGCUUGAGAAAUUUCUAAUUGUUAAGAAGCUAUUUUUGUUUUUGACCAUUUCAUUGAAAACAAUCACAGUAAGGUACUUAAUUGUCACCCAGAAAUGAUUUGAUAUUGAGAUAAAAACAGCUGCAUUGGACCUUUAAGUCAUUGUCACUCUAGCCUAUAUGUUAGCCAGUGUUCAAGUUUAUCUUACUUAGCCUUUACUCACUGGUGACAGGAGGUGGUUGUGCAAGAGCAUGCUACAAUAUGUGUCCCUUGGAGAGUGGUCUGUCUAAUUGAUUCUAUUGCUUUCUGUUGUGUCCUGCUUUAGCCCUUAAUAAUUUUCCUCUUAAAGCAGUGACUGCUGUUCUUGUCCUUGUCUUGUAGUUGGUGGUAGGUAGGUAGUUGGUGGUGUCCUUCCUUAGCUUAUGCUGUAGCCAUUUCUCUCCCCCCCUUACACAUCACUCUCUGGUUUGUAAUUAGAUUGUCUAUUCUCCCACAACCCUCCUUGCAGAGCCUCUAUAGUCUAUCCAGGUGCGUGGUCCAGAGUAAUCAAUAAUGUUCACUUCUGCUGUCAACCUUCAAACACCUUUUCUAGUUUAAUUAGACUUCUUCCCAAAUGGCACCCUACAUAGUGUACUUCUUUUCACCAGAGAAUAGGGUGCCAUUUGGGAUGCAUACAUAGACUCACUAUAACAUAGGCAUCUUUCGUUCACAUGAACACAUUGUUUAGUACCCUUUAACUGUGGUAGCUAAGUAACUAGUCUUGUCAUAAUGAUGCAACAUUUGAUUUAGCAAGUUACUGUACAUGUACAACCCUAACACCUUUUAAAGGUAGUGCAAAAUCUAACUGCCCUGGAACCCCCCAGGCUCUUCAAAUUGGACAAUAGAAAGUUGAGUUGUAGUCUUGGUUGGACUGUUGGUUCACCAGGAGUGUAUUCACUAGGAAGCAAAUGGGCAGAAACAGGGAGAGAUCUCUCUGAAUUUGUCCAAUAAGAAACUUGUUUUCAUUGCAAAAUGUUUUGCUAAGGUUUGCAUUAAUGAAUCUACCCCAGGCUGGUUAGUGGUGUAGAGAGAGGGAUGCUCACGAGUGUUAUCACUCCUGAGGUUCCACGACGUACUGCUGCUCUCUGAAUAAUGUAAAUAAUGAAUGAACGGCCCAAGUUCUAUAACUUUUUUUCUCCUCCGUCAGCAAGAUGCGGAACAGUAAUUACUUUUCGAUCUAUCGCCUCUCCCGUAUGAUCCCAACCAGUCCAAGGUCACUCACCGUCGAAAAUAGACAGAGGAAAAAUAAAUGUGAUCGAAAACGUGGCGUUCAGGGGAGGCACAUGCACAGCCUGCGACAGCUCUAAAUGUACCCCUCGGACGCUCUCAUUUUUCUCCCUCCCUCACUCCUUUGCCUUGUUCUUUCCCACAAUUAAACAUGGAGCUAAGUGGAUUUUCUCAAUAACCCAAUGAUCUGCAAUCCGAUCAUCAGACAUUAAACAGUGCUGUGAUUACACAGUAGAAAUAUAAUUAUUAGAACGGACUACUCAUUCAAGUCAAUGUUCCGUGAUGGGUGGAAUUCUAUUUGUAUGUUGAUUUACACUGUCCUCUGCUUAGAGUGGUGCUACUUCCGGUGCCACCAACAUUUAGCCCCAGCCGCCAAGCACCACUAUCAGGGCACUAAAUGAAACCACUUCACGGGGCUCAGCAAAGCCUCAAGUCAAAUAUCUCACACAGACAUGUUUUGACUCAAUUAUAGUCAAUUAUGGUUUGUUAUCGACUAAUCUGUUUAGCUUUGAAUAAGGCCGUUCUUCGCCGCUACAUGGAAAGGAUGCUUGCGAAAACAGGACGGAAACACUUUAGUUCAUGUAACCUCUACACCAGGGUUAGGCAAACUACAGCCUUGCUGGAGGGGGGAAAUUAUUGUUUUGGGUAAAAAAACACUCCGGUCCAAACAUGAACAUCUUGAAUGUUCUGUUUGAAAUAUGUAAAUUAUAAUCAAACACACUUGAACAUCUUAAACUAGAUAGAAAGUAUGUAGAAAUGAUAAUUGACCUUUCAAAUAACUGCCCUUUUUCUGGCCCGCAAAUUGAUUUUGACAAACAAAUCGGUAAAACAAAAAUAGUACUGAUCGGCUAGUUGAAAAUAAUGCAUACAAUUACCACAUGCUCUACACGUCCUUGGGACUGUAAAGAGAGGAGCGAGACCAUAGUCUCAUCCUCUAUACCCUGGGCUACGGAAUCUAACACGUCAGAGUAAUGGAGUUGAUCCACUAUGCGCAUCGCGGGCCGGAGCAUUUUGCAAUUACACCAUGCAAAUGAGUUUCUGUGGCCGCCAGCGGCCCGCUCCCUUCAGCUGGCUGUUUGUAAACUGUCACCGCAGCUAAUAUAACCUUCACUAAUAUUGAUAGAAGGUCCGCACAUCCAAUGGUUUUUACAGCGGCUGUGCGAAUUGACAAUUAUUUCUACAAGGCCUUGUUUGACAUUCCCUAACAAAUAGAUUUUUGUUAUUUUGUUUUGGGUUAUGAUAACUUUAUGACCCAAGUUGGUUUAUGUUUUUGGAUUUCACUCGCCUCCAGUAGGUCUGUGCUUGUGGAUUAUGGUUAGGGUCUAAUGUUUUCAAAUAAUAACAAACUUGGUGGAUGAGAAUUGGUGGUGGUUCUUUUAAUAAUUACCAGCAACAAAUCUCAGCUUGUAUUUCAGUGAGAACCCUCAUUAAUUCACCAAUGUAACUUUCUCAAUUGCUUACUUCCUUCCUCCUUUCUCCCUCCCUCACUCGCUUCCCCUCCCCUUCCUCCUUCUACCCUUUUAUCUAAUCUCUUCCUCAGUCUCUUCCUCAGUCCACAUGAUCUCUUUUUGUCUUUAAAAUGUGCUUAUUCGUUUGUUUUCUCCCCCCCCCCGUACCCUCCUUCCUCUCUCUCCAUCCAUCCUGCCUUUGUCAUCUGUUUGUCAGUGUCGGUCAUCUCUUAAAAUCAACUUAAUAAACUCUUUCUCCUAUCUGUCCACUAUAGGCACCUCUAGCUGGUUUUCCAGAGCUCACUACAUCCAGGGAAAUACAUCUGCUCACUGACAUACUGUAUAUGACUUGGACCUUACCCAAAAUAUAUAGCUAGUAUACAUUAUGCAAAUAGAAAAUAACUGUGCAGAUUUCUUUCCUUGUCUGCAGCAACCCAUUUCCCUUUUUAGAAAUUGCCUUUGCCUUUUGAUAUGUGUCUUUUACAAUCCUCUUGAGACUUGAAUUGAAGACAUUGGAUUUAUUUCUUUAUACCUUGCUUUUGGCUUGUUCCACUUUUAAACACACACACACAGCCUCUAGAUGGCUGUGCUCAUACCUUCCCUCUGUUAUUCCCCGUGUCCUCUCCAGACUCCUUGCAGGCCCAGCUGAUCAACAUGGGAGUGAUCCCCACCUUGGUGACGCUGCUGGGACUCCACUCCGACAACACAGCCCUCACAGAGAUGUGCCUCAUCGCCUUCGGAAACCUUGCCGAGCUCGGUGAGUAUUCCUACCAUAGAUGUAGAAUUCUAAUUCUAUGAGUACAUGCAUCAGAACACUCUUGAUCUGCCAUUCUGGUCGCGGUUCAGCUUUUCUACAAUACUGUCUGGGAUUUUGAGCAUUAACCUACCUUCGAUUAGUAAUCUAAGAUACCAUACCAUACCGGCAUAGAUAACAAUAGUACCAUAGAUUUUUAUCUUGAUAUAUGAUUCAAAACUGUCAACCCUAGUAGGAAGUUGAACGGUGACUUGCUUCUUCUGUCAUUCACAUUUUUUUGUCAUAUAUAAACCAGGGACAGAACUGAUUCCAGUGUCUGUCUUCUCUAGCCUAGUGCCAACUCUUCGGUCAUUAUGAUGAUGAAUAAACACGGAGAAGAUUCCGUUGAAUCACAAACAGACUGGACCAGUCACGUCAUCUAGGUAUUUUUUUCUCCCCUCUCUGCAGAGUCCAGUAAGGAACAGUUUGCCUCAACGAAUAUCGCCGAGGAGCUGGUGCGUUUGUUCCAGAGGCAGGCGGAACACGAGAAGAAGGAGAUGAUCUUUGAGGUGCUGGCUCCACUCGCUGAGAACGGUAAUUCAACUCUAUUUAUCCCUACACAGGCGAUUUAAGAUGGGCAAGUCAGGUUACAAUGAUCAACAUAUAAUACAGUAUGCAGAAUUUUUUUUCCAAUCCACAUACUGUUGUCAGGGGAAUGUGAUGUCAUUCUGUGUAAGUACAGUGAGGUCUGAAAUGAUUGACACCCUUGAUAAAGAUGAGCAAUAAUAACUCUAUAAAAUAAAUGAUUAAAAUACUGAGCUAUAUUGUAUGCAACAUUGUUUGGGGGAAAUUAUAUGAUUUUAUACUAAAACAAUUGCUCAGAAGAAGAGAUUUCGUUUAACAAGUCAUAUUUUACCUAACAUGGUAGACAAAAUCUUUCUCACAAUUGACACCCCUAAAGAUUCUUAUAAAUAAAGUAGUCAGACGUUUAGUAUUUGGUCCCAUAUUCCUAGCAUGCAGUGAUUACAUCAAGCUUGUGACUCAUGCGUUUGCAGUUCGUUUUGGUUGUUUCAGAUUAUUUUGUGACCAAUUGAAAUGAAUGUUAAAUUAUGUAUUGUCAUUUUGGAGCCAAUUUGAUUGUAAAUAAGAAUAGAAUAUGUUUCUAAACACUUCUACAUGCAUGUGGAUGCUACCAUGAUUGUGGAUAAUCCUGAAUGAAUCGUGAAUAAUGAUGAGUGAGAAAGUGAUGAGUGUUAUUGGUAAUCGUGAGAGGUUAGCAUGUCUUGGGGAUACAGUUUCUUGCAAAAGUAUUCAUCCCCCUUGGCAUUUUUCUUAUUUUGUUUCAUUACAACCUGUAAUUUAAAUGGAUUUUUAUUUGGAUUUCAUGUAAUGGACAUACACAAAAUAGUCCAAAUUGGUGAAGUGAAAUGAAAAAAAUAACUAGUUUAAGAAAAUUCUAAAAAAUAAAUAACGGAAAAGUGGUGCGUGCAUAUGUAUUCACCCCCUUUGCUAUGAAGCCCCUAAAUAAGAUAUGGUGCAACCAAUUACCUUCAGAAGUCAAAUAAUUAGUUAAAUUGCACACAGGUGGACUUUAUUUAAGUGUCACAUGAUCUGUCACAUGAUCUCAGUAUAUAUACACCUGUUCUGAAAGGCCCCACUGUCUGCAACACCACUAAGCAAGGGGCACCAUUAAGACCAAGGAACUCUCCAAACAGGUCAGGGACAAAGUUGUGGAGAAGUACAGAUCAGGGUUGGGUUAUAAAAAAAUAUCUGAAACGUUGAACAUCCCACAGAGCACCAUUAAAUCCAUAAUUAAAAAAUGGAAAGAAUAUGGCACCACAACAAACCUGCCAAGAGAGGGCCGCCCACAAAAACUCACGGACCAGGCAAGGAGGGCAUUAAUCAGAGAGGCAACAAAGAGACCAAAGAUAACCCUGAAGGAGCUGCAAAGCUCCACAGCGGAGAUCGGAGUAUCUGUCCAUAGGACCACUUUAAGCCGUACACUCCACAGAGCUGAGCUUUACGGAAGAGUGGCCCGAAAAAAAACCAUUGCUUAAAGAAAAAAAUAAGCAAACACAAAAACCAUGUGGGAGACUCCCCAUACAUAUGGAAGAAGGUACACUGGUCAGAUGAGACUAAAAUUGAGCUUUUUGGCCAUCAAGGAAAACGCUAUGUCUGGUGCAAACCCAACACCUCUCAUCACCCCGAGAACACCAUCCCCACAGUGAAGCAUGGUGGUGGCAGCAUCAUGCUGUGGGGAUGUUUUUCAUCGGCAGGGACUGGGAAACUGGUCAGAAUUGAAGGAAUGAUGGAUGGCUAGGCCUCUUGUAGCUCAGUUGGUAGAGCAUGGCUCUUGCAAAGCCAGGGUUGUGGAUUCGAUUCCCACGGGGGUCCAGUAUGAAAAAUGUAUGCACUCAUUAACUGUAAGUCGCUCUGGAUAAGAGCGUCUGCUAAAUGUAAAAUAUAUAAAUAUAUAUGGCGCUAAAUACAGGGAAAUUCUUGAGGGAAACCUGUUUCAGUCUUCCAGAGAUUUGAGACUGGGACGGAGUUUCACCUUCCAGCAGGACAAUGACCCUAAGCAUACUGCUAAAGCAACACUCGAGUGGUUUAAGGGGAAACAUUUAUGUCUUGGAAUGGCCUAGUCAAAGCCCAGACCUCAAUCCAAUCUGAGAAUCUGUGGUAUGACUUAAAGAUUGCUGUACACCAGUGGAACCCAUCCAACUUGAAGGAGCUGGAGCAGUUUUGCCUUGAAGAAUGGGCAAAUAUCCCAGUGGCUGGAUGUGCCAAGCUUAUAGAGACAUACCCCAAGAGACUUGCAGCUGUAAUUGCUGCAAAAGGUGGCUCUACAAAGUGUUGACUUUGGGGGGGAAAAUAGUUAAGCAUGCUCAAGUUUUUUCUGUUUUUUUGUCUUAUUUCUUGUUUGUUUUUUCACCCCAAAAAAUAUUUUGCAUUUUCAAAGUGGUAGGCAUGUUGUGUAAAUCAAAUGAUACAAACCCCCCAAAAAGGCAACAAAAUAGGAAAAAUGCCAAGGGGGUGAAUACCACUGUAUGAUCUUUGACCCUCUAACUUUCUCACUCACCAUUAUUCACAAUUCAUUCAGGAUUAUCUGUAAUCAUGGUAGCAUCCACAUGAAUGUAGAUGUGUUUUUUCCGGUAUUGAAAAUCAUACCGUCUGUAUUUCAAAAUACCCUGGUAUACCGCCCAAGCCUAGUUACGGUACAGGAAUGUAGUACUGAAUUGUUGGAGAAUUAGCAUUGCUAUUGAUUGCAUCCCUAUGGCCAUUUACAUUAGCCAUGCUUACACGCCAAAUAAGCAUACAGAAACAGGUGUGUGGGUGGGUUACAAAUGAUCCAGUUCAGAUUUCUUAACUCCCCUUUGUCAAAAAUGAAUAAUUAAUUAGUUGAACUCAGUUUGGCGAAGAAACUGCCUUUGUUAAUGUCACACUGCUCAUUGGAACAGCUAAAUAAAUAUAACCACCACUGCUAUAUUAGGGUCAGUGCCUAAAACCAAGUAAAAACAUAAGUAAAAACAUAACCUGGCUUUAAUGCAUAAGCGGAGUGAUUUUAGUGACGUAUAUGAGGAUAAUUUAAAGGGAGAAUGUCAAUACCAGUUGAGUGCAUAUUUUCCUCUGAAUUCUCACUCAAGGGAAUCGGGACUAUAUUAUGUGGAGUCAUCUGUGGCCUUGGUAACUGCUCAAUGGAGUGAAGCGGCUCGCGCAGCCUUAGCUGUCUGAAAAAAGGAAAAUGUGUAUGCUGUUUUUAGCUAAAUAAAAAGAACAUGCUUGGAAUAGUGUGUGUGUGUGUGGGGGGAGAAAGAUAGUGUGAUACAGUGUGUGUAUGUGUGUUAGAGAGUGUGUGUGCGCGUUUGUGUAUUUGUGCGUGGUGUGUGUGUAGGAGAUGGUGUGAGAGAGCGCGGGUAUGUGUGUUUGUGUGUGUGUGAGAGAGACUCACCGACUGUUGUUAUCAUUCUGGGCAGCACAGUGGGUUCUCCCAUUCUGCCAGUCUCCUAGACAACAUCCUACUUAACUCUACUCCAGAGAACAUUUCUCUCUCUCUCUCUCUCUCUCUCUCUCUCUCUCUCUCUCUCCUCUCUCUCUCUCUCUCUCUCUCUGUCUGUCUGUCUCACAAUACAAUCCCAGACUCAAGCAUCUUUUAAUCUCUUUCUCCCUUCAUACAAAUCCUAUUUUAUUUGUUACAUGUGCCAAAUACAACUGGUGUAGACUUUACCGUCAAAUGCUUGCUUACGAGCCUUUCUUUACAAUGGAGAGUUUAAAAAUAAAAUAGUAACACGAGGAAUAAAAUAAAAUGCACAAGAAUGGAGCUACAUAGUACCAGUACCAGAUCAAUGUGCAGGGGUACGAGGUAUUUGAGGUAAAUACAGUAUGUACAUGAAGGCAGGGUAAAGUGACUAGGCAUCAGGAUAUAAUAAUAAUGUAUUUGAGGUAGAUGUGUACAUGAAAGCAGGGUAAAGUGACUAGGCAUCAGGAUAUAUAAUAAUAAUAAUUGUCCAUUUGGAAGACCCAUUUGCGACCAAGCUUUAACUUCCUGACUGAUGUCUUGAGAUGUUGCUUCAAUAUAUCCACAUAAUUUUUCUUCCUCAUGAUUCCAUCUAUUUUGUAAAGUGCACCAGUCCCUCCUGCAGCAAAGCACCCCCACAGCAUGAUGCUGCCACCCCCGUUCUUCACGGUUGGGAUGGUUUUCUUCGGCUUGCAAGCUGCCCCCCUUUUUCCUCCAAACAUAAUAGGCCUGUACAUCAAUCACCUUUUUAUCUAGGUUUGAAUCAUAUAUACUCACACAUCAUCAUUAUCUAAGACGUAUUUAUGUUACAGUUGAUGUGUACUACUGCCACUCAUGACUCACAUACACCUUUGAAAAACAAAACUAAGACAAACAUGGUGUUUCACAAAGAUUACCCCAGUGCAGAGUAGACUAUAGACCUGCACCUAUGUCUGGACCCUUUGACACUCAAAUAGGGGAGGUGGAAUUGGGUCCGAAAAAAGUAAUAAUCACAAAGUAAACAUCACAAGCAAGGUAGGCAUCCGAAAACAUAAAAGACUGUCGGCCCACUGGGAUUUUGUGUCUGAGAAUUUCGGAUGAAGCCAAUGCUUUUUCAAUGGGAGUCAUCUGUUGCCAGAUGAAUGACAACUGAUGAAGAUUGGCCAACAAGAAAUGCACAAAGCUUCUGAAAUAGUUGAUUUUAGUUAUACUUUUGCCGGACAAAAACGGACAAUGAAGUACGUCAUAUAUGAGUGGUGUGUGUAUAAACAAACCUAAAGGAACAAACCUGGCGUGUGUCUGUGGGAGAAAUACUGUGUGUGUGUGUGUGUGUCACAAGUUGUUAGUAGCAUAGAGAUCUGAUAAACUGCUAACUUGACAUCUUUUCACAGCAUGCAUGACCAGGCGGUGCUCGUUCUCACCAUAGGAUUAACUAUGUCAUUGGUAAUUCUGUGUAACUGUCUCCCUCUCUCUCUCCCCCCCCCUCUUUUCUGUCUCUUAGAUGUGAUCAAGCUGCAGUUGGUGGAGGCGGGCCUGGUGGAGUGUCUGUUGGAUGUGGUAGCUCAAACAGUGGACGGUGUGCGGGAGGAGGAUGUGGCGCAGCUCAAAACAGCCUCCGACCUCAUGGUGCUGCUGCUGCUGGGAGGUACCACACACACACACACACACACACACACACACACACACACACACACACACACACACACACACACACACACACACACAAAGUCGGAAGUUUACAUACACUUAGGAUGGAGUCAUUAAAACAAUUUUUUCAGCCACUCCACAAAUUUCUUGUUAACAAACUAUAGUUUUGGCAAGUCUGUUAGGACAUCUACUUUGUGCAUGACACAAGUAAUUUUUCCAACAAUGGUUUACAGACAGAUUACCUCAGGGGAAAAAAAAUAAAAGUAGACCUCCACAUGUCUGGUUCAUCCUUGGGAGCAAUUUCCAAACGCCUGAAGGUACCACGUUCAUCUGUACAAACAAUUGUACGCAAGUAUAAACACCAUGGGACCACGCAGCCGUCAUACCGCUCAGAAAAGAGACGCGUUCUGUCUCCUAGAGAUGAACGUACUUUGGUGCGAAAAGUGCAAAUCAAUCCCAGAACAACAGCAAUGGACCUUGUGAAGAUGCUGGAGGAAACAGGUACAAAAGUAUCUAUAUCCACAGUAAAACGAGUCCUAUAUCGACAUAACCUGAAGGGCCGCUCAGCAAAGAAGAAGCCACUGCUCCAAAACCGCCAUAAAAAAGCCAGACGACAGUUUGCCACUGCACAUGGGGACAAAGAUUGUACUUUUUGCAGAAAUGGCCUCUGGUCUGAGGAAACAAAAAUAGAACUGUUUGGCCAUCAUGACCAUCGUUAUGUUUGGAGGAAAAAGGGGGUCACUUGCAAGCCGAAGAACACCAUCCCAACCGUGAAGCAUGGGGGUGGCAGCAUUAUGCUGUAGGUGUGCUUUGCUGCAGCAGGGACUGGUGCACUUCACAAAAUAGAUGGCAUCAUGAGGAAGGAAAAUUAUGUGGAUAUAUUGAAGCAACAUCUCAAGACAUCAGUUAGGAAGUUAAAGCUUGGUUGCAAAUGGCUCUUCCAAAUGGACAAUGACCCCAAGCAUACUUCCAAAGUUGUGGCAAACUGGCUUAAGGACAACAAAGUCAAGGAAUUGGAGUGGCCAUCACAAAUCCCUGACCUCAAUCCUAUAGAAAAUGUGUGGGCAGAACUGUAAAAGCAUGUGUGAGCAAGGAGGCCUACAAACCUGACUCAGUUACACCAGCUCUGUCAGGAGGAAUGGGCCAAAAUUCACCCAACUUAAUGUUUGAAGCUUGUGGAAGGCUACCCGAAACGUUUGACCCAAGUUAAACAAUUUAAAGGCAAUGCUACCAAAUACUAAUUGAGUGUAUGUAAACUUCUGACCCACUGGGAAUGUGAUGAAAGAAAUAAAAGCUGAAAUAAAUCAUUCUCUCUACUACUAUUCUGACAUUUCACAUUCUUAAAAUAAAGUGGUGAAUCUAACUGACCUAAGACAGGGAAUUUUUACUAGGAUUAAAUGUCAGGAAUUGUGUAAAAACUGAGUUUAAAUGUAUUUGGCUAAGGUGUAUGUAAACUUCCGACUUCAACUAUACAUAUGAGAUGAGUAAUGCAAGAUAUGUAAACAUUAUUAAAGUGACUAGUGUUCCAUUUCUUAAAGUGGCCAGUGAUUUCAAUAGGCAGCAGCAGCCUCUAAUGUGCUAGUGAUGGCUAUUUUAAGAGUCUUGAGAUAGAAGAUGCUUUUCAUUCUCUCGCUCCCAGCUUUGAUGCGCUGACCUCACCUUCUGGAUUAUAGCGGGGUGAACAGGCAGUGGCUCGGGUGGUUGAUGUCCUUGAUUAUCUUUUUGGCAUUCCUGUGACAUCGAGUGCUGUAGGUGUCCUGGAGGGCGGGUAGUUUGCCCCCGAUAAUGCGUUCGGCAGACCGCACCACCCUCUGGAGAGCCCUGCGGUUGCGGGUGGUGCAGUUGCCGUACCAGGCGGUGAUACAGCCCGACAGGAUGCUCUCAAUUGCGCAUCUGUAAAUGUUUGUGAGGGUUUUAUGUGCCAAGCCAAAUUUCUUCAGCCUCCUGAGGUUGAAGAUGCUCUGUUGCGCCUUCUUCACCACACUGUCUGCGUGGGUGGACCAUUUCAGUUGGUCAGUGAUGUGAAUGCCAAGGAACUUGAAGCUUUCCACCUUCUCCACUGCGGUCCCGUCGAUGUGGAUAGGGGGGUGCACCCUCUGCUGUUUCCUGAAGUCCACGAUCAUCUCCUUUGUUUUGUUGACCUUGAGUGAGAGGUUAUUUUCCUGGCACCACACUCCCGGAGCCCUCACCACCUCCCUGUAGGCUGUCUCGUCAUUGUUGGUAAUCAAGCCUACUACUGUUGUGUCGUCAGCAAACUUGAUGAUUGAGUUGGAGGUGUGCUUGGCCACGCAGUCAUGGGUGAACAGGGAGUACAGGAGGGGGCUGAGCACGCACCCUUGUGGGGCCCCAGUGUUGAGGAUUAGCGAAGUGGAGAUGUUGUUUCCUACCUUCACCACCUGGGGGUGGCCCAUCAGGAAGUCCAGGACCCAGUUGCACAGGGCGGGGUUCAGGUCCAGGGCCUCGAGCUUAAUGAUGAGCUUGGAGGGUACUAUGGUGUUGAAUGCUGAGCUAUAGUCAAUAAACAGCAUUCUUACAUAGGUAUUCCUCUUGUCCAGAUGGGAUAGGUCAAUGUGCAGUGUGAUGGCGAUUGCAUCGUCUGUGGAUCUAUUGGGGCGGUAAGCAAAUUGAAGUGGGUCUAGGGUGACAGGUAAGUCUCUCAAAGCACUUCAUGAUGACAGAGGCCACGGAGGAGACGUCGGCCACGGAGAAGGAGAGCCCACAGUCCUUGGUAGUGGGCCGCGUCGGUGGCACUGUGUUAUCCUCAAAGCGGGCGAAGGUGUUUAGCUUGUCCGGAAGCGAGACAUCGGUGUAGGCGACGUGGCUGGUUUUCCUUUUGUAGUCCGUGAUUGUCUGUAGACCUUGCCACAUCCGUCUAGUGUCUGAGCCGUUGAAUUGCGACUCCACUUUGUCUCUAUUCUGAUGUUUUGCCAGUUUAAUUGCCUUGCGGAGUGAGUAGCUACACUGUUUGUAUUCUGCCAUAUUCCCAGUCACCUUGCCAUGGUUAAAUGCGGUGGUUCGCGCUUUCAGUUUUGUGCGAAUGCUGCCAUCUAUCCACGGUUUCUGGUUAGGGUAGGUUACGGACAAUUCCUUCGUUUUUGCUCUGACAUGCACUGUCAACUGUGGGACCUUAUAUAGACAGGUGUGUGUCUUUUCAAACCAUGUCCAAUCAAUUGAAUUUACCACAGGUGGACUCCAAUCAAGUUGUAGAAACAUCUCAAGGAUUAUCAUUGGAAACAGGAUGCACCUGAGCUCCAUUUUCGAGUCUCAUAGCAAAGGGUCUGAAUACUUAUAUUUCUAAAAUCCUGUUUUCGCUUUGUCAUUAUGGGGUAUUGAGUGAGGAAAAACAAUUAUUUAAUCAAUUUUAAAAUAAGGCGGUAACGUAACAAAAUGUGGAAAAAGGGAAGGGGUCUGAAUUCUUUCCGAAUGCACUGUAUUCGUCCGGUCAAUGUGGGGACAACCUCGUCAAUGCACUUAUUAAUGAAACCGGUGACUGAUGUGGUAAACUCCUCAAUGCCAUUGGAUGAAUCCCGGAACAUAUUCCAGUUUGUGCGAUCGAAAAAGUCCUGUAUCUUAGCAUCCGCUUCAUCUGACCACUUCCGUAUUGAGCUCAUCACUGGUACUUACUGUUUGAGUUUUUGCUUGUAAGCGGGAAUCAGGAGGAUAUUGCCAAAUGGAGGGCGAGAUAGAGCUUUGUAUUAAUCUUUGUGUGUGGAGUAAAGGUGAUCUAGAGUUUUUUUAUUUUUUCCUUUUUCUCUAGUUGCAAAGGUGACAUUAUGGUAGAAAUGAGUUAAAACGGAUUUCAACUUUCCUGCAUUAUAAUCACCGGCCACUAGGAGCGCCACCUUUUGGAUGAGCAUCUUCUUGUUUGCAAAUGGCUCUAUACAGCUUGUUGAGUGCGGUCUUAGUGCCAGCAUCGGUUUGUGGUGGUAAAUAGACAGCUACGAAAAUAAAUAGUAUCGUCUACAGCUUAUCAUGACGUAUUCUAACUCAGGCGAGCAGAACCUCGAGACUUUCUUAAAAUUAGAGAUCGUGCACUAGCUGUUUUUAACAAAGAGAGACACACCACCCCCCUGAUCUUACCGGAUGCAGCCGCUCUGUCCUGCCAAUGCAAUAAAAUGCUACCAUCACAUCUCAACUGCAACAUAAAUAUGUCUUUGAUAAUGAUGAUUCAGUGUAUAUGAUUCAAACCUAGAUUCAAAACUCAGAUCUAUGUACUGACCCUUUGUGCUGUGGUCGCGUUGACUGGGUUUCAAGCAUGUGCAUGGAAACCGUACCCUUCAGGCCAAAUGAUAAACGGGGAGAAAGUGAUAGUGAAUAAGAAUUGAGUAGGAAGAAAAAACAAUAUAUGAAGGAGAAUAAGAUAGGUGUGUGAUGAUGAAAUCUUCAGCCUUACUUAGAGCGGAGUGGUGGAGAAUACAUUGUGAAUCCAUUUGUGAAUAUAUUAUGACAACCGAAUGUGAGGGAGAAUGUGGGUAUAGUUCUAGGUGUCUUGGAGGCCUCGAUUUCAUCAUAUGGUUUCCGUAGCGUUCUCCUAGACUACUUAUUCUUUCUUUUUCUUUCCACUUCCAUUUAUACUGAAGCCAAGGAGGACAUUUAUCCUGUAACCUUUUCUGCCCAAAACGUGCAUGCUUAUUUGUGUCUGUGUGUUCGUGCACGCGUGUGCCUGUGUGUGGUCUUUUUAUGCUUUUUUGUUUAGUGAAUAACUGCUUUGUCGUUUUAUUGAUGACCUCUCUCUUCUGCUGCAGUAGGAGGGUUUAUGUUGACAGCCUUUCCCAACCUCUUUCUCCUCAGAUGAGUCCAUGCAGAAGCUGUUUGAGGGGGGCAAGGGCAGUGUGUUCCAGAGGGUCCUGUCCUGGGUGCCAUCCCACAACCACCAGCUGCAGCUGGCAGGGGCACUGGCCAUCGCCAACUUUGCUCGCAACGGUGAGGAGGCCAUAGAAAUACACUUAAUAGAAGGGACAAAGCCUUUUAGACCAUUCUAGUUCUAUGAAGGAAGGUACUGUGGUAACAGAUUGAACCAAAAAGGGUUUUAUUCAGGAUAAAACUCCCCUUGGAUGGCUUUGAUACUGACCAUAAUCUGUGUCACCGUUACAUGGGGUGUGACUUCACGGAACGUUCCGAUACUGUAGAAAUGUAUAGAACAGAAUGUGUAGAAUAGACCCUUUUCUGUGUAGUAGAAUAGGGAAUCAGCACAACAACACUCAGAUUGUAGAAAUGCUUCUCUGUCAUGUAGAACAGUGAAUCAGCAUUCGGCAUAUCUCUCCACUUUCUCCCAGAUGUCUUCUAGAUCAGUUCUCCCCCUAAUAAAAACCUGCUGCCUCAGUGUGCUGAGUACAGAUCACAGGCCUGGCCAUUAGUCAUUCCAUGUCAUUACUCAUCUACAACACAGUGUUUCUUCCUGUGUCAGCGAAUCCUGCAUCCACUCUGACUUCAAACACUCAACCCUGAUAAAUAAAGGUCGUUAUUAUUAUAGCCUCCUUAAUUAUUUAUUCCGUACAUGGAUGUGAAGAGAAUAGUAUGCAUGUAACCUGUUUUCUAUCAAACGAUGAUUGUAAAAUUACGGUCAGAAGGAUUUGCAUUGGAACAUUCUCCUCCUAACACCUAUCCAGUCCUUUUUAGAUCUGGGGAUAGGGGUUGUUCAGUACUUUGAUUUGUGGAAUCGGAUAUGUUAGAGCAGGGCGGGAGCAAAAGCCUGCACAGCCCAUAGCUUUUAAUGAGCAGUGGGUUAAGUUAUGACAUUCUAUUUCUCCCCCAGAUGGUAACUGCAUCCACAUGGUGGAAUCCGGCAUCGUUCAGAAGCUGCUGGAUCUGCUGGAUCGCCAUGUGGAGGAGGGCAACGUCACCGUGCAGCAUGCCGCGCUCAGCGCCCUGCGCAACCUGGCCAUACCUGGUGAGACUCCCAAGGCAUUCCAUGCAUGAUUGAGUAUACUGUCAAUGUCCUAUAUGACUCAUAGGCAAUUCUUUAACAUUCAUUUCCUGUCACAAGUGCUUCCCCUGCACUCGUUUGUUAUCUGUGGGUGGGGAUAGGUCUUGGCAAAUGUAACGGCAAACAAGUACAGGAGCAGCACUUUGAAUAGAAAUUGUUCUUUCUUUGAGCCUUAAUGGGUUAAUACUGGUUGAAUAGAAUAGUUACAAAGUUAGUAUAUCGUGUAUUUUCAUGGUGUACAGCAUUGGUAGCUAAGAGCUGAAUUGCAGUGUACAGUCCAUACCUAAAUAAGUUAACAAAUCCGUUGAUACAUGUCUUAAGGGAGCAUAGUUUGAAUGUAUUGAUUUAUGUGUUGUUUUAUUUAACAUGUUUAAUCUUUAUUUAUUAUUUUUCUCCUGUCUGUCUCCAGUGGUGAACAAAGCUAAGAUGCUGUCGGCAGGUGUGUCAGAUACGGUGUUGAAGUUCCUCCCGUCAGAGAUGCCUCCUGUCCAGUUCAAACUGCUGGGCACGUUACGCAUGCUCAUCGACACUCAAGGUAGAACUCCUUUAAAACACCUUUUAUAGCACGUAUAACGCACUGUAGAACACCUUCCUAAUAAUGCCCUAAACCAUCGGUCUGUGCCUCGCGCUCAGUCUUCAACUUCGACCAGUAUCAGUGACAGGUGUGAGUGUUUCCACCCAUAAACUCUGCAGAAAGAUAUAUAUAUAUAUAUAGCAACAUUUUCCAAAAUAGAUGCUAGAAUGCCUUCCUAAUGAUGCGCUAACCUUGAACCGUUCUGUACCUCACUUUUUAUCCUUAAAUUGACCAGUAUAUCUUUUUUUAUUCUGCAGAAAGUUGGAUAGGAAAGUACUCCCACAAAAGAGCCUAGGAAUAUGAUAUGUUUCUGUCAAAUGUUGUUGAAUAUUCAUCAAAAGGGGUUGGGUUGGGGAGGACCGGGCAAGGCCAAGUGCAGACCAGUUAAAUCCAAAGUGACAUGGUUAUCGAUGGCAUCCAUAUUUGAUUUAAUUGCUAUGCAACUGAGUAUGUCAGUGAAAUCCAGACAGUUGACAGGGUGUUAGAAUAGCAGUCAACUCAAGGUGAUAGAACUGACACAUGCACUUUUUCUAACCAUGUCUUUACAAGAGGUGUUUUCCUACCUCUUUCUCCCUGGAGUUCAGGGAUUCAUUAUAACAAAUUCUAGAAAGUGCCAAUUGUUACCAAGAAGUGACCCAUUUUUAUUUUAUUUUCAUAGUUACUUAGUAGAGGACUAAUUAGGAACCAAGUCAUUGUAGUUUAUAAACAGAAAGCUACCAAUGGUAAUAGAGCUGUGAAAUAAAGCGUUACCUGUUCUUCCACCCAGCGGAUGCGGCAGACCAGCUGGGGACCAAUGGGAAGCUGGUGGAGCGUCUGGUAGAGUGGUGUGAGGCCAAGGACCACGCAGGGGUCAUGGGAGAGUCCAACAGGCUGCUCUCAGCCCUUAUCCGCCACAGCAAGUCAAAGGUUAGGGCCGGCUGCCGUGGAAAAACACCAUAUGUGGCUGGCAAGCUGGCUGCCACCACAGAAUACAUCCUGACCCAUAUCUGAACUGUACAUACACACAUACACACACACUGAAUAUAUACGUUAUCAGCUAUAUUUUAAUCAAAGGCUGUAUUAGCUAGCUUGUCUUUACUAAUCUAACUCUCAGCUCAAAGUCCAAUCCAUGCUUUAUGUAACAUUUUUCAUAAAGGGAACUGAACAACUGAGGUGGGAGCCAUGUUCUAACUCUUCCUGAAAUACGGUGUUCCUUGUUGACUCAUGCCCAGAGACAGCAUUGUCAUCCUCUGAGGAGAAUAACUCGGGUGCACCUCAGACUCUGGUUGUCUCCUUCUAGACUGUAGAUUUAUGAGCUCCAGGCUCUAAACGUUUCUGUCCUAAUUGCAGAUCGCUAGAUAAAAUAGAACCCCUGUGGCAGUACCAGAGAUGUAGGUCCUACAAAUGCACUGUACAGAAGCGUCCUAUAUUAUUUAGAGCAGAGGUGAACUGGCCUUAGUGGCCUACCCUCUUGGAAAGUUACUGGGUGUGCAGGUUUUUGCUCCUAUCGUGCUCUAACACCUGAUUUCAGCUCCUGAUGAGCAGUGGAUUAAAGGCAGGUGUGUCAGUGCAUGGCUGUAGCACAACCCUUCACACCCAGAAUCUACUUCCAGGAUGAGGGUUGGUGUCCCCUGAUUUAGAGUUGUGCCCCCCAUUUGAAAUGUAUUUGUUUCUUUAAUUUGUUUAUUUGUUUGUGUUUUUAGGACGUCGUAAAAACAGUCAUCCAGGGUGCAGGCGUGAAGCACUUAGUACUCAUGGCGACGAGUGAACACAUGAUCAUGCAGAACGAGGCGCUGGUGGCUCUGGGCCUCAUCGCCGGGUUGGACCUGGGUAAGAGUCAGGGGUCACCGUCAGUGUCAUGAUGUCACAGUGCAGCCGAAUUCUAACUACUGUGUUAGCCACAUGGUAUUGUAAGGGCCAGAUUGGUAGCACUUUCUUUGACAGUGCCUGGGUUGUGUUUAGUAGGGCACACUGUACUAAAAUGUUUUGAAACAAGAAAAUAAAACUGUUUCCGGACAAGUUCAGGUAGCACUUCCCUGUCUUAUUCCGUUGCAAAAUAUUUUCUAUCCCCAUGCUUACUGAACAUGACCUGAUGUAUUGCAUGGCUAGAAUAAACUGAAAGUUGCUUGAUGAUGUACAGGGCGGGUUAGAAUAACCACACAAUGCAAAGCUAUUUGGGACCUAGUGAAAGGUGCUGUAUAAAUAAAAUUAACUGUUGAAGCUUUUGUUACGGUGUGCUCAAUACACGCCCUUUUCUAAGAGGCAAAGCAUUGACUCUGAUGGUGCAUUGGAAUGCAUUAAAACAAUUGUACAAAAUAAUUGGUCACAGAGUGUGUUUGUCAUGGUUUCAGUGGGGGCUGAGAAGGACUUUGUUGGGGCUGGCCUGGUACAGGUGCUCCACAAGCUUCUGUCAGACGAGAUGAGUGCGCCGGAGGUCAAAUACAACUCCAUGAUCAUCAUCUGUGCGGUCAUGGGCUCAGGUAAAAGGGCGGCCAUUUUGAAUCAGCCACUUAGAAAAACUAAAACACAGCUUUUGCGCCAAUAUCCAAACUAGGGCAUAGCACAGAGUAGUAUACUUGUAUGGACAUUGGAAUGUAGCGGUAAUGAAUGUUAUGGUUUAGAUGUGUGCUUCCAUUAAAGACUCUUCUGAAUGGGAUAUGUUCUUCUCUCUCCCUCCUCCAGAGCCUCUCCAUAAAGAAGUACAGGGCCUGGCCUUCAUCGACGUGGUCUCCAAGCUGCGGUCGCACGAGAACAAAACGGUGUCCCACCAGGCGUCGCUCACAGAGCAGAGGCUAACGGCACAGAGCUAAAGGACUCUAACUCCCACAAUCCCCCACUCCCACAUCCCCCCCCAACCCCCAAUGCCUGCCUCAUAGCCAAUCCCUGCCCCCCAUUCCUCUCUACAGAACCUCCCUCCCUCUGUGUGUGUCCCAUCGUCACGUGCCAAGGUAUCCUGUCUCUGUCCCCCUGCCAGCUAACUACCCC